GCCAACCUGGAGGUGGAUGAUACAUGAAGAGUAACACCCGCGAAGCUUGAAGAUAACGGCGCUAGAACGGAUUAAAAGGUGAGUCAAUCUCUAUAUUUUAUAUUGAAUACAUCAUGUAUCAGUGAUUUGCGGCGUAUUCAACGUAUAUAGGAGCAAUUUCAGGCAAGUAAAUUUUUUCACAAGUUCACAUUCAUGUAUCUAUAGGAAAUGUAGUAAGUUGUAAUUUCUUAAAGGAUUACUCAUUCCCGUGUUUAUAUAUUUUCAGAAAGCUUUGAACCUCUAAUAAACUUUUUGUGUGUUUGUAAUCUGGACUUGCCAUUUUUAGCCUCUUGAUUUUUUAAUUUUUUUUUAAUUUAUUUAUUUUUUAUCUUUUCUUAUAUCAGUCGCUGUUUGUUUUUCCACUAGUUAGCUACUUCAGUAACAGGUGUAUUUUUACACUCAUGCUGAAAGUCUUAACCCCAGAUGCAAAAUAAAAUGUUAACGUACUAAGAGUAGAAUUAGCCAUAUGUGAUUCAUGCAAAAGGAAGAAAGUCAGGGUAACUGCUAAUGCCUAUUGAACUCAUUAAUGCCCGUAAUUCAUGUGACAUUUCUGCAUGAUGGGGUUACUUGCUACACCAUAUAUUGUUGGGAAAUCACCAAGGAUCUGCAAAUCUUUUUAUACCGUAUAUGUAUACAUUGCACAAUAAUAAACAGGAAUAAAAUAUUUUUAAAAUGGGGCGGAGGAAUGAAAAAAACAACACUUUUCCCCCCUAAUUUUUAUAUUUAUUAAUUUCUACACACUGAGUGCAACUAAAGAAAAGUUACUAAAAAUUGAUUCACUAAUUCAUCCUGAUUCAAUAUGUCUAGGAUUUCAAUAAUUUUUUUUUAAAGUUAUAAAACAAAUAUUGCAAGGAGUAAACUAUUGUUUUAAAGCCAAAACAUGGCAUGUUGAGUGUGACUGUAGUCACCAUCACGUGGGUUUCAUACGGACACUUUAUAUAGGACCCUGGACUACACCUGUGUCAAAGCCACCCUAUAGCCAUUAUAGGUGCAGGGUGUGUAUUGUUGUUUUAUUGUUAUAUGUUUUGUGUGCUCUCCUGUCCUGCUGAUGCUUGCUACCAAGUAGGUGGAUUUGGCUGUGGAGCCUGUACUGCGCCACCUAUUAGCAGCAAUAUGCACUACCUGAAUAGAAAAGCUUGUUAAUUUGCAUAUUCAGGUAGAUUUGCAUAUGUUGGUUUCUGUAGGCAGGAUAGAUAUUUCAUGUUAGUUAUUGUCUUCCCCACCCCUUUAUUAAUAUAUGUAUGUGUUAUUAUGAGUGCUUGUAUGUUCCUUCACAUGAUUUGGCUUUAUGCAUUUAAUUUGAGUGCGUCACCGUAAGCUUUAUGUAAUGAUCAUAUGGGCUAGUCCCAAAUAAAAAAUAAAGCUUUGUUAUUAGUUCUUAUUGGAACUUUGUGUCAUGUGUGGAUAUUUAGAGCUCCCAGUAAAAGAGUCCUGUUGGCUUGUUGCACAAUCCUUUUAGCUCUUGGAAAAAUAGGAGAGCUAGGCCUGAAAGCUGCAAGUGCCUUUGUAAAGGCAAGAGCAGGCAGAGGUGAAUACCUGCCUGGAAGAAGAGCUGCAGUGGAAUAGGCAGAGGGGACAAAACCUACCUGCCCAGCACAGAUCACUUAAUCAUGGAAUGUUCUUGUCACUGCUACAGACCAAGUAUAGACACACAUUACAUCGUAUGAUGUAAUGUGUGUCUAUACUUGGUGCUGGAUAAGGAGCAGAAUAGCUAGCUCUUUUCCCAGUAGAUCAUAGACAUGCACAGGGUUAUUUACAAAAGUGAGAAUUCAAAGUGAAUUUUAACGUUAAGGCCAGAGUAGUCAAACCGAAAGCACAGAUGACUUUUCGAGUUUUGCUAAUUUGACCAUAAAUUUUCAAUUCACUUUGAUUUCUCACUUAUGUGAAAAAUCUUGACAUGGUUAUCUACUGAGCAUUUUCAGGAAUUUCAAAUUUAAUGCUAAAAUAGCUAUGGUUGCCUUAAUUGUCUGCUAAAAAGGUAUAAAAAAUGCUUUUCCAGCACUGCGCGGGUCCGGUCUCCUUGGCUGAGAACAGCACUAUUAAUGAUCUCAGCCAAUUGAAUGCUUUCCUAUAGGUAAACCAGUGGGAGGCUAUCGCGCAUUCACGCCACAAUGCCAUCCUGCGCCAUCAUCAUCAUCUCCUCAUAGAGAUGCAUUAAAUCAAUCAAUGCAUUUCUAGGGAGAACGUUCAGCGCCUCCAUACAGAUCGUGGAGAUGCUGAACGCCAGUGACUGCCACUACAGUAGUCCCUAGGCAGGAAUGUAAACACUGCCUUUUCCCUGAAAAGACAGUGUUUACAUUAAAAUGGCUGCAGGGACAGACUAUACUCACUCAUUAAGUUGUAGUUGUUCUGGUGACUAUAAUGUGACUUUAAAGGGUGUAUGAACAUCACACUUUGAUAUAUACACAAAGUAUAUAUAUAUAUAUAUAUAUAUAUAUAUAUAUAUAUAUAUAUAUAUAUAUAUAUAUAUAUAUAUAUAGAAAAAGAAAGUGGAAUUCUCACGAAGCAUGACAAGCUCAAAUUAAGAGGCAGAUUGCAAUGUGUUUCCCAAAUGUUAUUAAUUGGUAUCAUUUUCUGUUUACUAAAUCCCAUUGAGCACGUGGGGGCUUAUUCACUAAGCACCAAAUUGCAGAGCAGAAUAAAGUAAUCUGCAAAAUCCAGGCUAGAACAUCCUUUCAGUGAUUGUGACAGAGUUGGGAAAUUUAUAUAAAUUAGCUACUUUUGCCUAGCUUUUACAAUUCUGUUUACAAUUAAAUUUAGUUCAGAAUUAGUUAAUAAACCCCAUGAAAGAGGUUGGAUGGAGUCAUCAAGCAAUGCUGAGACCGAAGUUACACAAACAAAGACAUCUGACGCAGUACCAUGGGUGUGGCCCCUUGGCCCAUUCUUAACACAACGGAGCUAUGCAAAUAAACCAGCACACUUAAAUGCAUCAUAGCAUGCAGUUUCCCAUAAGGCUUUGCUUCUUUUAUGUAACGUAAGGAUAUUUUUUCUUGCCAGACAGUGUACAUUCUAGCAUGGGAAUUAACACCUGGGUUACAAAGUCUAUUGUUUGUUAGAGCCUACGUCUCCUGAUCAGUGUUUUUGCACUUCCCUGACACAUCAUGCAAUGAGUUUAUUGCUAUGAAUAUAGCAACACUAACAGGGUUAUUGUCAAGAUUUAAAGAGAAUAUAAAAUUUUAUACCAAAUAUGUCAACUGUAAGCAUAUGCAACUUGGAGAAUCUUUCAAAUUGAGCUAUUUUGGCCUUACAUUUGAAAUUCACUUCCAGGGAUAUUCACUCAAGUGAGAGUUCAAAGUGAAUUUCAAAUUUAAAGGAGCCCUAUAGUGUUCCGAAUACAACUGUGUAUUGCUGCACAAUGAUGCCCUAUGUCUGUCAUUAUUGGAUUGGUCUGAAAGUCAGACAGGUAGGUGAGGGGGGGGGGCUCAAGAAACUCCCCUACCUGCUAGGUGCACCCAAUAAUGUAAUCUGACCAAGUUUAUAGUAAGUUUAUUGACGUUUAUUACAUACUUCUCAACAUUUUCCUUGCUUUAUUUUGGUUUAUAUAUUUGUUUAAACGUCUUUUCUUGAUGGUUUAUAAUAAUUGUCAAGUGAUGCAUGUCCCUUUAAGUCCAGAGUAGCGAACUAACAGCAUAGUUUAAUUUUUCCCGUUUGUUUAUUUUUACCUUAAAUUUUAAAUUCACUUUGAAUUCUCAGUGAGUUCAAUCUUAUUUGCCAAUAAUUCUCUUUUUAGUAAAUUGUUGCAAAGUUUUCAAGAAAAUCUUAAAGGUUACUUUAACCAAAAAAAAAACUUUCAUAAAAAUUCUUUAAAAAAAAAAAAAGGAACAACUGGUUUUGGUUAGAGGAACCCAUACUGUGCUGGUCUGUCCUCCGCCUUCCCUACCCUCUAUCCACUCCACUGAGUUGCAUUCAUUGGCUGAGAACUGCCAGCUUGGAAGGGACUGUAGUGGUUAUGAUGCUUGGAGUAACUAUUUAAUAGAGAAUGACAUACAGAUUUCACACGUGUCACAUCUCCCCUUGGCCACCACCACAAAACCAGAUAUCACCUUGUGUGGUCUUUGCCCCCAAAAAAAGCAAAAGAAAAAUUCUCUCUCUCAGCUACAGGCCUUAAAGACAUUCCGAUUUUGGCAGGACAGAACCCUAAAAUCUGCCUGUCCUAACUUUGUUCCCUGAAGUCCUGAGUUUGGGGACACCAGGGAACUGGCCCCAGAAAGCAUAGCACAAUCAGAUUAUUAGAUGUGCUCAAGGGCAUUACACCCAGGACAUAUUUGAAAACAAGAGAAAUCUCAAUGUAUUCUUCCUGGUAAAAUAAUUUACAAAUUAAUAAAGAUCCUACAGAGUGCAAUUAAAAAGUACUCCCUGCAUGGUCCUGUGCGAUUGGCAGGUAGUCUAGUGUUCAUUCACGGGUAGCUGGCCUGUCAGGCCCCAAUCCAGGUGGGUCUGCCUACUUUGGACGGCGUCAGUGACGCAAUCCACAUGACUGGCCUGCCCCCUUUAACUCUGCCCUGAUAUGCAUUCCAUUCUAUGGUGCUGGCUUAACAUUUGAAAUCCACUUUGACUUCCCAAUAAGUCACAGUCAAAAAUUAGCAUUGUAUGUGAAUAGACCACCUUCGUUGUACAGCCCUCAGUUUUGUUUUUGGCAAUGGCUUUAAAGGGAAACUAUAGUCACCAGAACAACUACAGCUUAUUGAAUUUGUUCUGGUGAGUAGAAUCAUUACCUUCAGGCUUUUUGCUGUAAACACUGUCUUUUCAGAGAAAAUGCACUGUUUAAAUUACAGCCUAGUGAUAACUUCACUGGCCACUCCUCAGAUAGCCGUUAGAGAUCCUUCCUGUGUCAUGGCUGCCUAAAAUGUUUCCAAACAUUCAGUAUCUCCUCCCUCUGCAUGCAGACACUGAACUUUCCUCAUAGAGAUUCAUUGAUUCAAUUCAUCUCUAUGAGGAUAUGCUGAUUGGCCAGGGCUGUGUUUGAAUCAUGCUGGGUCAGCCCCUGAUCUGCAUCUUUGUCAGUCUCAACCAAUCCUAUGGAGAAGCAUUGUGAUUGGAUCAGGCUACCACUUCUGCUAAUGUCAGCAGGCAGUGGGCAGGUCUAAAGGAAACAGAGCCAGAACUAGCAGCUCCAGACUUGAAUACAAGUAAGAUUUUGGAGGCAUGAGGGGACCAGGGGGGCUAGAUGGUGUUUUUUACCCUAUAGGGUCAGGAAUACAUGUUUGUGUUCCUGACCCCGUAGUGCUCCUUUAAUGUUGAUGUAUUCGUUUUAGAAUAAAACUUCCUAAUAUGAAGUUUCAAAAUGUUUGUAAAUGUUUAUUAUGAAAUUAAACAAUGUACUUUUUACAGUAAUUAAAAACACAGAAUAUUCAUGAGAUUGAAAAAUACAAAAAUAAUACGUGUAUGUAAAAAUAGACUGACAGGAUCUGACUAUUUCUUUAUUCUCAGCUUCAUGUCCACAGCAAGCCUAAUCUCCCAUGGCUUAUUUCAUAGCAGUAAAUGUCAUCUUAUCCUGUGCGAAGCUGCACAUACAGAAUUAUUAUCUACUUUGUCUAAGUUCAAAGCCUUCUGCACCUGCCAUUGUUGGCUGGUGUUUAUAUUUUCCUCAUCCUAUUAAGUAAUGAUGGAAUGAUCAAUCCUUAUUUUAAAAAAGAGAUAUUGUACAAUAAAAUGAAAGAUAAUUUGUUUUGGCUUAUAUUGUGUUCCUAAAUUACAUUCUUUAUUGAGAUAGUUGUAUGUACAUACCAGACAUUUCUACAUUCCUUAGCAGGGUUUGCCUCUGCCAUUUAUAUAAAAUAUGUAUUUUGCAAUUAUGCUUAAAUUCAGACUAUCCUACUAUUCGUCAAUAAAAUUAAAUUUGGUUUAACCUUCUUUAUGUCAAUAUAAAGGAGUCGAGGGGUAAUCCAUGGGUGCAAACAUACACUGCAUAUUGGAGUUACAGUCUGUAAUGAAUGCUGCCGCCAGACUGAUUUUUCGCUCUAGUUGGUCCUGUCACACCUUACAUUGGCUUCUUGUAUCCUAUAGGUGUAAAUUCAAAGGGCUAACCCAUACCUGUACAGCAUUAAACAAUUCUAGACCCUCUUAAAUCUCUAGACAGAUCCAUAGGUAUGCCCCUACUCAGUCUCUCAGCUCUGCCCGUGACCUUCUCCUGUCCGCUGCUCGCACCCGUAUGGCCAACUCGCGCUUGCCACGGGCAGCUCCCUUCCUAUGGAAUAGCCUGCCUACCGCCAUCAGACUCUCCCCUAGUCUUCAAUCAUUUAAGAUGUGCCUUAAAACCCAUCUCUUUAGGAAAGCUUAUGGCCUCCCAGAGUAACCUCUUCCUCACAUACCUGCCCCUUGAUCUCUCCUAAAGAGCAGCACUCUACUCUCUCCUCCAGCUCUGCUUCACUCCCACCUUAUUUGAUUGCUAUUUCCUGUCCUAAUGUGUUUUAUACCUUACCCCCUACAGAGUGUAAGCUGGUUUGAGCAGGGUCCUCUUCAACCUAUCGUUCCUGUAAGUUUUCUUGUAAUUGUCCUAUUUAUAGUUAAAUCCCCCCUCUAAUAAUAUAAAGCGCUACAGAAUCUGUUGGCGCUAUAUAAAUGGCAAUAAUAAUAAUAACCGUCCUGUUAUUGAAAAUUAAACAAAUAAAUUAAACAGGUACCUCACUGAUUUUGAAGCACAAUGCAUAUGAAAUCAGUCAUCAGGCAGCACUCUGCAAACUACAAGCAUGUUCCAAAAUUUGGAUAAGGAACGGACUCAGAACGACAGGAAAAAUAUCCCAAAUUCAGCACGGUCCUACCAAUACCAGGACAACUUUUGUAAAUCUCUGCAGUUAUAAAGAACAGGAAGAUGGAAGACAAGGACAGAGUUCCGUGCACCGCAGUCAAUACACUGAGCAUCAGUAGCUAUAAUUAUUGAAGUACAGAUUAUCUUUCAAGGUAGCAUAAACUGUUUUGCCACAGAAAAGCCAUAAAAGUAACUGAAGUGUUAUGAGGCAAAUAUCUGAGAAGCACUGCUAUAUCACUUAACAAGCACCAUCCACUUUUAGGCAUAGAUUCAAAGAAUACACCUCAACAAUUAAAAAACCACUAAAGUGAGCCACUUAAUCUAAAUGAAAUAUCCUGGGUGCAGUGGUCAUGACACGGUAACCCUUAAAGUUAAAACAUUGCAGAUUUAAAGUUAAACAUUGCUGUUUCUGAAAGAGUUAAACAUACCUUUAUUGGCUGUCAAGCUGAAAGCUACUAGAGGCGUUCAUUGUAAAACAUUAUCAAAGCUUGGAUGCAUUGGCGGCACAUGUCCAUCAGGUCGCAAUGCUCACCUAUGCAAAGCUUUGGAUUGGACCAUCGCCAGAAGAAUCCAUGCUUCCUCGAUGUCAUCGCUAGAGGAGGAGAAGUGAGUAGUGGUACUGGAAAAAAGGUAAGUAAAAAAAAAAGGAUAGAAAAUAAUAUAUAAUCAUUUUAUGGUGAAUGGGGGUCACUUUUCAGGAUCGUGUAGGAACCUAAACGACAACCUUAUUAGAAUGUUUAUCAACGUAAUAAUUGUAUGCCGAAUUCACCAUUCCAACCCAAUGCCCAUAAAACCAUGCGGCCACCGAGAGUGCAGCAUUGCGCAGAACACUGGGGAACCAGGUAAGAUAGACACGAUCCUGGCAUCACUAUAGCGUUAGUACUACAGGUUUGGAAUUCGAACACUUUAGUGUUCCUUUAAGAAAGAAGAUGUAAGUAAGGUAUGUAUGCAUAUGAAUAACAUUUUGUUCUUUCUUCCAAACAUUUCUUGCCUGGCAGCUGAAUAGGUAUUUCAUUUUUGAUGAGCAAAAGCUCCUGCUUCUCCUUCACAGAACCUCUGCAUAUAUACAGCAGGUUAGUUUUUCUGUGAAAAAUCCUACAAAAUUGAAUGGAAAACUAUAGGAUCAGGUACACAAAUAUGUAUUCCUGACCUUAUAGUGUUAAAAACAACAUGUAGCCCACCUGCCACCCCCCCCAGCCUCCCUAAAUAUAGUAACAUCUUACUUGUGUUCAAGUCUGCAGCUGCUGCCUCUGCCCCGAUCUUCCUGCUUGGUGAUUAUGUGAACCAAUCACAAUGCUUCCCCAUAGGAUUGGCUGAGACUGUCAAGGGGGCAGAUCAGAGGCAGAGUCAGCACAAGUCAAACACAGCCCUGGCCAAUCAGCAUCUCCUCAUAGACAUGUAUUUGAGAAAAGUUCAGUGUAUCCAUGCAGAGGGUGGAGACACUGAUUGUGCACACUGUGAAGCACUGCCCCAGAAAGCACCUCUAGCAGCCAUCUAAAGAGUGGCCAGUAGAGGUAUCCCUAGGCUGCAAUGUAAACAUUGCAUUUUCUCUGAAAAUACAGUGUUUACUGCAAAAAUCCUGAACAGAAUGUUUAUACUCACCAGAACAAAUACAACAAAAGCUGUAGUUGUUCUGGUGACUAUAGUGUUCCUUUAGGUGAAUAAAUGUCCAGUUAACUGAAUUUUGUGGGCAUGGAAACCACACAGACAUACACACAAACCCUUUCUCAUUGUCAGUGAGACACACACAAAUAUUCACAUUGUUUCACUGACACACUGCAAUUCAAGUCCAGCUCUUCAUUACUUUAUUGCGCUGGAUUUGCUACAUGUGUGACUGGCUGCUCACCUCUGUAAUCCAUUUACACAUGCAUGACAGAUACGACAUCAACAAUCGAGGGGGCCUUUAACAAAAUACUGUGUACACUACAAGGAUAAUUAAAGGGAUUCUAUAGUGCCAGGAAAACAAACCACUUUGGUCACUUACCUGAAUCCAGCACCGCUGUCCCGAUGACAUUUGCGCUGGGUCAGGCCCCGCCUACGCUCCUCCCACGCUGACGUCAGCUGGCGGGGGAGACCUAAUGCGCAUGCGUGGCAAUGGACACACACGCAUUAGAAUUUCUCCAUAGGAAAGCAUUAUUCGAUGCUUUCCUAUGGGUAAAAAUCUGACGCUGGAGGUGCAGAGCGUGAGGAUUUCCAGCAUCAGAUAAUGGACCAAUCGUCCAUUUCAAUUCCGGAAGGAACACUCAGAGGUAAUUAUUGCAGUUUCUCAGAAUAGCUGCCACUGUAAGAUUAAGGGACAUGGGACAAUGCACGCAGACCACCUCAAUGAAGCUGAAGUGGUCUGGGUGCCUACAAUGUCCCUUAACAUUUAGCAAUUAUAAUACAGAGACAAACAAUAUGUAGAUAAAGUAAAGGAGUAAAAAGUAUUUCAUACACAGAAACAGAUGCAGUGGGCUUUGCAACUAGUUAAACCAGCACUAAAGAGUUAAUUUUGAACAGUUCUGUAACAGGUAAAGGGGGAAUUAUGGUUUAUAUUGAUACAUCUCCACUUAGCUAAUACUAUAAAUCUUUGGAGUGACUUUCGUCAAUGCUGCAUGUAUUUAUGUCCUGAGCUGAAGAUGUCUGCCGUCACAAUAAUUAAACAGGAAGCAUACUUGGAGUGGCAAUUAACGACAGCACCUGUAAAUUCAUUUCUCAUUGCAUCUCAUACCUACUAGCUUUUCAUUCGUAUCCAGGAGCAGAAUUAGUCAUUACUAAGCUAUAAAUACAUGCAUCAGCGAGCUUAAUUAGAUGGGCUAAUAAAUAUUUAGAGAGCCAUAAGGCCAAUUACUAUUGCAAAGUAACAUAAUGGACUAAAAUGCUGCUUUAACCCUUAGAAGAUUCAUAACACUACCUAGCUAGUUCCGUUGCUAGUUACAAGUUAACUUAGUAUUCAAUUACAAAAUAUAUUAAUUGGACAAUUAAAAAUAUUAAAAGGGACACUCUGGACACAAUAACAACUUCAUAUCAGUUAAGUUGUUAUGGUGCCUGGAGAUCCUGGGCAUCAUCUUACCUUAAGUUGUUAAACAGUUUAUGAACAGUUUAACCCCAAAGCUUCAAUUUGAACGCCUAAUGCCGGGAUAGGCAACCUUCAGCACUCCAGAGGUUGUUGACUACAUCCCCCAUGAUGCUCUUACACCUAUAAUGCAGGCACGAAUCAUGGGAGGUGUAGUCCAACACAUCUGGAGUGCCGAAUGUAGCCUAUGCUGGCCUAAUGCAAGCAUACCAUUGAGAAAAUUGUGUGAGAAUGGUAAGUACCUUUAUUGAGGUGAAUUGUGGUGAAGCUCAGAGUUCUUUAAAGGAAUACUCCAAACACUACAAUCUCUGCAGUGUACCAUGGUGGUUUUGCACUUCUCAUCUUUACUAAAGGCAAAUCUGGUUAAAAUUGAUAAUUUCAACUAAUUGCUUUAAAAUCAGUCAUUCUCAGAUGUAAUUUCCAAAUAUAAUAUAGAACUUGCAUAUUUAAACAAAACGCUUUGACUGCAUUAAUCCUGAACAAAUCCAAUAGAAGGCAAAUUCACUAAAUAAAUGUGCCUGCUCUGUGCAGGCAAACCUACAGAAAUCAAAAUUUGCCCAUUGGUAGCGCAAGUAGCUACCAGGUAAAUGGAUAAAAUAACAAUUAAUUAGUAAAGUAUUAUGAACUUUAAAAGUAGGUUUAAUACAUUAAAGGACCACUCCACACACACAUGAAGUGCUUUACAUACAAGGAGUAUGCGAUUUUAGCUGCAGCUUCCAAAGGUGCCUAUUUCUUUGAGAAUUCAGCACAUUUAUAAACAGAUUAAGAAACACCUCAGCGACUGUCAAUCAGACAACAGGUCCUGGAUUGUCUCUGGUUAUUUGCAUUUUAACUUCUGGACAUGGGUUGGUUCAAGUGUUUCAUUCUUGUCUCCAGGUUCCCAAUUAAAAUAACAUUAUAAGCACCAUAACAACUACAGCACACCAGGAGUGCUCUGGCACGGUCCCACAUUAGGAUGUCGACCGUUUUGGCAGGAGAAGCCAGAUGUUACCAAUCAGCUGAACACUAGUCUAAGCCAAUGAGCAUUGUCCUGCUCAGCUCUAUGCUUCACAUACUGGAGAAGACCAAAUACAGCAAGUUCAGUGCCAGCAUCCAGUGGUACCCAGGUGAUACAUGAAUAGUGCUACCCAGGAACAUGUUGUAUUCAUAUUAGCUCAUAGCUAUCCUGGUAUGUGUAGUAAAGUUGGCAACACUAUUGCAUACCUCUCAACAUUGGUAGGUGUGCAAUAGGGACGGUUGGGUAGGCCUUCUAGGGACCAUCAUCAGUGCAACUUGCUUCACUGGUGACAUCCAUAAUGGGCAUGCCUGCCCACUGAAUAGGACAUGGCCACCUUUGAAUGGUGAAUAGAUAUGCCAACUGGCACUAUCAUGCCAAAGUGGGACUGUUGGGAGCAGUGGUAUUUUGUAUGGUGAAGAAAUUAGCCAGUUGGUCACCGUACAAGGUCCCCAGGUAUGGUUGUUAUUAAAGGGACACAGUCAUUAAGAUACAUAAGAUACAUAUCCUUCACCCAAAUGCAGCUAUAAGGCUACAGCAAAGGGUUAAAGACUUUGCUAUGUGCGCUCCACAUUAACUGGAAUCAAGGCAUUACUGAGCAAAUCAGAAAAGAUAAACUGAUAGGGUUGGUAUGACUGACUUGGAGAUUUUUUUCAAGGUCAUUAUUUUUUGCCUAUUUUUUUUUUUUGGUUGUUGUUCAGAACUUAAAUUGUUAUAAUGCCAAGUGUAGUGAAUAACCCUGUAAGCACCAGAACCCGUUUUUGGUUCUAUAACCCUUUUUUAUCAGGAUUGCAAAGCUUUAUACUAAGCUGCCACCAUGAACAACUGAAAUGAGUUGCAUUAAGUAAAUGGCUUUCUACAGUGUAAUACGUGGCAGGCUCCUUUUUAAAGUUAAUAAUUCUCAAGAAAUUUGUAAUAUUACUUUGCAUACUGGGGAGAGAUAAUACCAGAUACCCCUUGUUAUUUUAUCACCUGUCGUCUUUCCUUUCGUUAGUCAAAGAGAAUGUUUUUUGUACCCAGUAACAUGAACCUGUUCGUUCCUCUUCCUUGUCAGACCUGCAGAGGAGCUGCGGUCCCUUUAAGAGCUCUUUGUUAGCCUCUCCCCUCCUAUCCUUACUGUUCCUGUGAAACUUCAGAUCUCUCUCUCUCUCUGUGCCUGUUCUGUCUCACUCUCCCUUUUCCGCUUGUGUGAACAGGUUUGUGGAGAUCACCUUUAUUACAGCUAUCACCCUGCUGUUCCAGGGUCAGGUAAGUAAGCCUUCACAUAACUGCUGGGCAAUAAACAAUGGAUGUAACACCUAGAUCUGAAAACUGGCAUAUAUGUCAGUCUUUAAAUAAGGAGUACCUGGUGCAUGUCCCCAGCCAGUAUCACACACGUAUCCACAUACAAAGCUACAUCCACACUACCUACAUGUACAAGGCUCACAGUUGUUUUGGAGUUCCAUGUAUUCCCACAGUAAAUGAAACUUUGUAACCAUCAGAGUGCUGGGAGGGUGUGAUCCACCUGUGACAUUUAAAGGAUUAAAACUAAAGGCUUCAGAAAAGCAGUUUAGAAACAGCUCACUCUAACUACUGAAUUAACUAUUUGUACCAAACACAGAGGCUGUCUCCUUUGUUUUACAGUUAGACUGCAAAUCUCACCAUGCCCUGUGACUGGCUGAGCAAGUGAGAGUUGUAGUGGUGUGUGCAACUUGCCAAAUUAGAAUCUGCCCCCAUCUGUUAUUGGAGGCAGCAUAUUGGUGAUUUGCUAGAUUUAUAAGGAUUAGUGUGGGAGUGGGUCAUUCUUAAAACAAAUAUCAGAUUGUCGAUUGUUGCUAUGUUGUUUGGUUAUCAGUGCCAAUACACGGUUUGCCCUCUGGAUCUUAGAAUAUGUAUCAACUCAACACUGAUUUGUUUUUACAGUAAAUGUGGUUGGAUUUAUUUUCUAGUAGUUAUGGCUACAAGUGCUGUUUGUAAACUAGUUGGCUUGGCUUCUGGUAGUUCGUUAUGUGAUUUACACUAAACAAGUCAGCUGGAAAAAAAAUAUUUUAUAUAAUGACUAUAUCACAGCAUUGAUUCUUGCAUUACUUUGAUUAGACAAUAUAUUGUACAUUCCAUUUGGCCCACAUAUUGCUUACACUCUCCCUUAACAAUGGCCAUACUGUAUAUCUUUGUAAUUCAACCUUCAACCUGUAAUGCUAAAUCAUGUUUAUUGCAUUUUCUGUCACUAUAUUCAGUGACCUAAUUGGGGCAUGUUUUGUUUUUGAAAGGGAGUGAUUUUACUAUAGAUCUCAAUGUGAUGCUGUGUUUUUUUUGUUUUGUUUUUUUUUUUAGCAAAAUGUUUAAACAAAAUAAUAAAUGUAAAUGAUGCCACUGUUUUUCAUAACCUUUUGUAGAAACACAGACAAAGCUAUUUACUAAACAAGUAUGGUUUGUCAGAACCAUGGCCAAACUGACAAAGUCAGCUAUAUUGCCUAAAAUUGGAAAAUCAUUAACACGGUUAUUCAUUUCAAUUAAAAAUUCAAGGCGAAUUUAAAAUUUCUUGGUCAAAAUAGCCAAACUAGAAACAUUUUAAAAGUCAGCUAUUCUUUCUGUUUAUAAACUCAUGGCUAUAAAUUUGAAAUUAAUUUUUAAUUGUCACUUUAGUCAAUACACCAUUGUACAGAGCUGCGGAAUUUGUUGGCGCUGUGUAAACAAGAAUAAUUUAAAAUCCUGUAAGUGGAUUUAAAACUUUAGGUAAAAUAGUUGGGAUUCCCCAUAGAUCUCAAUGCUCUACUCUCGCACAUGCUCAAGAGUACGGCAGUGACAUUGGCUUCUGGUGCUUCGAAGAGGAGCAGCGCAACCAAGAUGGCAGCGCCUGCAAGGCACAGGUUUAGGUAAGUAAUCUCACCUUUAACUGCCCCCUCCCGGCCUCCAGCGGCGAUGGCACCGCUAGGGGACAUUGCAAAUUCGGUGAAGUCUCAAGGUGGUGACAGUGACACUUUAAGUAUUUCAUCUGUUGUAUAAAGAUUUUUUUAAAGAGAUUUUUGUGUGUGUGUGUGUGUGUAUAUAUGAUUGCGUGUAAUUUAUAUGCAUUGUUAUUUUGUUUAAUCUUGUUUCGCCAUGAUUUUUUUUUUUUAAUAGGAUCUCUUUCCACUGGCAACUAAUUUUAUCUCAACUAAAACAGAAUAGCAUAAAUGACACAUUUCUUCCCCUAUGUGAAAUGACCUGCAAAUUCUCUCGCUGAUCUCCCAGUUCCUGUACACAGUACGCUUUGUGUUUGCAUUUGAUGUUUGAGAGAGUGCGAGAGGGUGUAUGUGUUUUGUGUUUUUUCCUUACUUGAUGUAUUCUUAAACUUACAUAAUUUAUUCUUUAACUCCACUUCCUGUUCGGUACAUAAUAUAAACACAAAUUCCCUCAAUGCUGAUUUGAUAUAUUGCUUUGUUUUGACCCUAAAUAUAUUAUUUUGAUUAAUUUAUUUUUUGUAUAUCAUCUUACACUGUAAUUAUGCAACAUGAAUAGACAGUCAUAACACACACAAUGCAAAGAGUGACUCUCUCUGCAGACAUAAAAUGCUAACACAUCACACAUACAUAGGAUAAUUAACUCAAGAGUGAAUUGUCUGGAAUUUAAAGUAAUCGAGCUGAAAUUGUAGCUGACUUGGGUAGUAUUUCUAGUUUGGCUGUUUUUGAACUAAAAUUUGUGAACUGAUUUCAAUUUACUUUAAGGCUAUUCACAAAAGCAAUCUGUUUUUUUAGUUUAGCAAGUUUAUGCUAAAACGGAAAGUUCACUUUGAAUUACCAAAAAACAAAAUCAACAAAAUUGGCACUGAAAGAAAUUAUGGAUAGAUUUAGCACACUUUAGUAACGUAUUACACAGAGAACCUAUAAACGCAUGCAAUUAAAUAUUAGCAUUUUUUUUACAUUUCUCAUGAAGUUUAAUGACAUUAUCCUGCUGCACUGCAUUCUUACUCAGACUAGGAACCGGCUUGUAUCACUAGCCAAUCCUUCUCCCAAAACUUUUUAUGCAAGAAUUAACAAGACUAUAAAUCUGUAUGAAUCUCCGUUUAUUACUACUUGUAUAUGAGCUAUGUAUCUAUGUGUGUUGUGUAUUAAUUUUUCAUUUAUUCAUUGGAGGGGGAAAAAUAAAUUUGAACUGAUUUUGCAAGUGAAAUGAUCAGUCAGUGGUUUUUACAUGCCCUUUCCAGGAACUGUAGAAUACAGACCAUUAUAACUGUCCGACUGCCUUAGAACCUAACAUGCAAAUGGAAUUUAUUGGUAUCUGUGUGUAAUGUCUUUCCUCGUUGAGUCCCGCACUGGUAGUAAAUGACAACACAAAAUAAACAAUCUGAAAGAAUGAGCCUUAGUGCAAGUACAUGGUGAUCUAUAGUCAGAAAUAAUUUUGGGGGAAAAAAUCUAACUUUUAAAAGGUUUUAUCUUGUACUUUAUUUUAACCCCGUUAGUGCAAAUCAUAUAUCACAUCAUCUUUUUAAUAGUUUUUCAAGUGAUUUUGUUUCGGACACAUAUUACAGCAGAUUAGAACAAAGAGAUUGUGCUUUAAGGCAAUUUAUAGGAAAAAAUCCUUUUAUUUAGAUUAAGGAUCGUAAACAGAAAAUAAGUAGUUUUCUAUUGACCCCUGCCUAUCCCUGAAGGCAUUUCUUUUCUUUAUUCAGACAGUUGAUGCUCUUUUUCUUAAAUUUAGUGACUAUUUAAAAACACAAUACCUGUGAACUAAUGACCCAUUAUUAGCUCUUCACUGUGCUGCACUUCAUCUCCCAUGAUCCUUAGCUGAUGUUCUAUUCUGUAUCAUUUACCGAGGUAUUGACUGUUCGUAUGACAGUACAGGUAUAUUAGAACCUUAGAGCAUGAACAUCUCUAUCUGGUAUUUGCAUUUUCCUUACAAAGUUUAUUAUUCAUAAUGUAUAUAAUUUAUAUUUUAUUUAUAUAGCGCCAUUAGAUUCCAUAGCGCUGUACAAUGGGUGGACAACCAGACCACUGAACGUACAGGAAAAGAGAGGUGGAGAGCCCUGCUCAAUGAGCUUACAUUCUAGAGGGAGUAGGGUAUAGUGACACAAAGUGUAAAAGUAGGGGUACAAAGUAGGUUGUUAGAAAAGUAUUCACUGAGUGCUUAGUAGGUAAUGUUUGACAGUUGCACGAGAGGAGCCAUGGGGGUGGGGGAUAAAAACCUGCUAACCAUUAAAUUGAUAUGCUUUCUUGAAGAAGUGAGUUUUGGGUGAAAUUCUUACUGAGAAGGGAGUUCCACGGAAGAGGUGCAGCCCUGGAGGAAUCUUGGAGGCGAGCAUCAGAGGUGGGAGUACGGAGAGAGGAUAGACGUAGGUCUCUGGCAGAGCGCUCUACCCUCAAUGAUUUAUGUAUCGCAUGAUAUGGUAGUUGCAGAGAAUUACAAACUUGAUUUGCCAGAUUUGUGGCAUACCAGUGCCUACGGUAGACUGGGUCCAGUUCACAAACUUACAUUCUAGUUAUUGGUUUGGAGCAGGAGGAACAGCGCGUAUCCAGUUAGCCUGAUAUGCUCCGGUUGGGAGGGAGGUGGAAAUUCCCAUCCUUGACCAAAAUACAGGUUUUCUAGCAUAGCAUAAUAUUUGCAUUGCAUAUCAGAGCUUGAAUGGGUAGGUUUUCAGUGAUGCAAAUUCUAAAGCUGGCUUAUUCAUGUGUAGGUUUGGAUUUACACCUGAAGUACGUGUAGAUACUAUAUUAUCAAGCACUCCUACCCCCACACCCCACCCAAAUAUAAUAUCCAGUUCUCUACUGAAUGCUCAAUGAUUUGUAGGACACUUAAUGGGUUACUCUGUAAGCAUCAUGGCCAUUUCAGUGAUUUGAAAUGGUCAUGGUGCCUGAAGUCUGUCUUUACGCUGUAUGUGUAACAACAUCUCUGCCAGAUGUGCAACUCCACCUCUGGCUUUAUCAUUGGGUUGUUAUUAGCCAGCGCGGUAUUAGAGUUCUUUGCUGGCUAAUGACCAUUCUGUGCAAAGUUCAUUGCACAGAAUGCCAGUCAUUGGCUAAGAUUGGUCAGCUGAUGCAAUAGCUGCAGCUUCUGGCUUCUGUAGCUCUGCACAACCCGGAGGGAUGUCACCAGACCACCAGAGAGCAUCAGAGCAUUGUGGGGCAAGGGAAGGGGGCAAGCGGGGCUAGGGUACUCUUGGCAUCAUAACCACUACAGACGUGUGUGUGUGUGUGUGUGUGUGUGUGUAUACUAUAUAUUAUUUUAUUUUUAUUUUUUAUAUAGAAAAUAUAUCUCAAGAUAUAAUUCAUAUUGGUUGUCAGGGAAGGCGCCUGUAGGACGCUGCCAAUUGGAAAAACUGGUCCUCUUUAUGUUUUUCACUUACUUUAUGAUAUUUGAGACUUUUUAUACUAAUAUGUGCAAACUAAAGCUCUCAUUUUCCCUAUUGUAGCACAAUUAAGGAUACAAACAUCCAGUAGGAAAGUCCAAAUUUAAGAUCCCUGUCCUCGGUCUCUAUCUGCUUCUGAGGACACGAGAGAACCUCCAUACAGCAUGAUAGCAUUGUGAAACAUGCUUACAGUGCUUUUCUGUGCAUGUUCAAUCUUAGUUGGAAGAUUUGCAUGUGCCAGAUUGACAUGCUCUUAGCAGAUCAUUAUUGAUGUAAACUGAAUGACUGGCAUGGCCUACUGUGACCAUGUUUUCUACCUCUCACCUUUGAUGUUAUACCUUCUGAUGUUGGGGAUUUUUUUUAAAUGAAUUUAUUAUGCAGGGAUAACAAGUCAAAGAUAUCAGGCACUGGCAUAGUGUCUCGGGGUGUGCAGUUUUUAGAUGCGUCUCACGUUCCCUCCUUGAGCUAUUUACUAACUUCCAAAUGUCCAUUAAAUCAGAAUGGCAAAACUGCGGCUAAAAUACUUAAAAGAAUUUCUGUUUAUGCCAUUUCACUCAAGUUUGGUAUUCGAUGAAUAACCUUGCACAGGUGGCAGUUGUGUAAUCGUAAUUGGAGGAUAUUUGGAAGUUGUUACCCUAAUCUCUCUUUAUUGUUCCUUAUAUGACAUAAUCCACACAAUACUAGAUGGCGGAGAGAGCACUUGCUCUGUCAAAAGCAUAGAUAUUUAUGAGAUGACCUCCAGCCCCCACUAGACCACCAAAUAUUGCAAAGCUAUCCUCAUCUAAUUUAUUGUUGGGCCCUUCUUCUUGUAGUUGUGCCCCUGCUUUCAGUCCCAUCUCAUUUUAAAAGGGAAUAAUGAUAUUAAAAGACACAGAUCUUAAUAAAUGAUUCAAUUUAACUGAUGACAAUUUAAAAUUAUGGCAGUACUUUGAUGCCGGAUAUUUUUUUUCUGAAAUAAUUCAAUAGACUAUGGCAGUCUGUUGACUGUUGAUAAGAUCUUGAAGUUGCCAUCUGGCUUGAGGACUUCCAGCUUGUUCAAUGAACUUUAAAAACCAGAAGCCAUCAGAUGUCUCAUCUGGGACCUAAUCUUUAAAGAUGUUUGCAACCUAUUCCAAACCAUCUAAACUUUGGCUUCCCAAGAUGCGGGACACAGGUGGUGGGUGUACAGGGGUCAGACCCACCCAGAAAGGCGUAGAAUCCAUCUAAAUCACUGGCUUGUCAGUUGGAUAUAAUGCACAACAUGGAAAUCAAGACUGUCCUGCUGACUUUGGGACAGUAAGCAGGCCUUUUAUUACUGUGAUGCCCUGCCAUGCCAUAAGCUUGGUUAGCCAUUGUGGAAAAUUAAUAUCACAAAGAUGGAGGGUGCAAUAUUUAAUAACAAAUGUGAUCUACAUUUCUCAUGAUCCUCAUAGGCCGUUUGCUCCACCCACCAGCACCGAUGUUGGGGAGUAUGCCAUAAGGGUAGGUACGGAAACUCCAGUUAGAAUAAAAAAAUAAAAAAUAAAAAAAAAUCUAAUCUAUUGGUGUUGUAUCUAGUAAUGUUAUUUGUUUAGUAAAAAAAAAAAAUACAUUUGGGAGGAAUGAAAAUCAGGAUGGGGUGGGCUAUCCUGUUGGGGACCUGUUGUCAGGAACAGAUUAGAUCCUCAGCAAGAUGUAGCCAGAUCCUUAUAAAGGUACAAUAGGAGAAAAAGAAGGGCAUAUUACUGGACCCCCGGCUUUAACCCCAGUUAAGAAAAAGAAUGUAACAGAGAUAUAUGUACCUAUAACAGGCCAGACAAAUUGAAGUAACCAAAUAGUGGUUCCAAACAGAAUGAGUAGACUACAAAAAAAAAUGUACCACCAUCUACCAUUAAAAGGACACUACUGGCGCUCCGACCACUUCCGCUCAUUGAAGUGGUCUGGGUGUAUAUUCCCAGGUUCAUUAACCCUGAAAAGGUAAUUAUUGCAGUUUUUAAGAAACUGCAAUAAUUACCCCUUUGUGGGUUAACUCCGCCUAGUGGCUGUCUACCUAAUUUUGGUCACCAAACUGUAGCUGGACCUCCUCAAUCUAUGCAUGAGGACAUCCAGCGUCACCCGAAACCCCAUAGGAAAGCAGACUGUCAUCGGCUGGAGGCACUAUAGGGAGCUAUAGCUAUACUAGGGGAGGCACUAUAGGGAGCUAUAGCUAUACUAGGGGAGGCACUAUAGGGAGCUAUAGCUAUACUAGGGGAGCACUAUAGGGAGCUAUAGCUAUACUAGGGGAGGCACUAUAGGGAGCUAUAGCUAUACUAGGGGAGCACUAUAGGGAGCUAUAGCUAUCCUAGGGGAGGCACUAUAGGGAGCUAUAGCUAUCCUAGGGGAGGCACUAUAGGGAGCUAUAGCUAUACUAGGGGAGGCACUAUAGGGAGCUAUAGCUAUACUAGGGGAGGCACUAUAGGGAGCUACAGCUAUACUAGGGGAGCACAGUAGGGAGCUACAGCUAUACUAGGGGAGCGCUGUAGGCAGGGCCGGAUUAACAUAGGGGCUGAUGGAGCUGCAGCUCCAGGCCCAGGCCCAUGGAAUAGGCCCAUUGAUUUAAAAAAAAAAAAAAAAAAAAAAAAAUAUUUUUUUUAUAUAUUUUGUUUCACAUACUACUCUUAGGGAUUCCACCUGGCUUUUAUUUUAUUGGCACAACCAGUAUUUGAGGCUGCCUGGCUGGUGCCAAUAUUGCAGUGAUACUGGCAAUACAAAUGUUGGUAUUUUUCUCAGUAUAAAUGGAGAUUACUCUGCAAUACCAGCACUGGCCAGUAGGGGUCGCUGUAUGUGGAGACAGGCAGGGAUAGGAAGUUCCAGCAUAUCCCUCCCUGCCUAUCUAUACUCACUGAUCUGCAGGGGUGCAGCUACACAGAGUCCAGACAGCAACUCCCACACUGCAGAGACAGCCUACAGCUCAGGGAAGUAAGGGAUGGGGGAAAGGCUGCAAGGAGACAUACACUGAGACACUAAGGGACAUUGGGAGACAUUAUAGCAGACACUGAGACACUAAGGGACAUUGGGAGACAUUAUGGCACAGACACAUGGGGACACAGUAUCUUUGUCCCUGGUGUCUGUGUCCCCAUGUCUUCAAGUGUCCCCUAUUUUCCCAUUGUCCCCAUGUGUCCCAGCCAGAGUCCCCUAGUCUCCCAGUGUCACUGGUGUCUCCGUGUCCCCAGGUCUCCCCGUCUUCCUAGUGUCCUAGUGACAUGGGAACCCUGGGAUACAUGGGGACACAGGGAGAAAUGGGGCAUUGAGACACUGAUACAUAGGAUCACUGGGAGACCUGGGGAAACGACACUAAGGGACACUGGGAGACAUGGGGCACUGAGACACUGAUACAUAGGAACACUGAGACCUGGAGUAAUCGACACAUGGGGGCACUGAGUCAUGAGGGCACUGGGAGACAUGGGGGCACUGGGAGGAAUCCAUCUAUACAGCAGAUUUAAACUAAGUAGUUUUUUGGUGAUUUUACAGCAUUUUGUCAUAUGUCACUCCUUGUGAUUUACAUCAUGGGAUGUCCCGCACACAUAUUUAAUUAUGCAAAUUAGUUAGGCCGGUAUGGUUUUCCAAGAAAGGUGGCAACCCUAACUACUUUUCACAUACUCUUACUUAAGUAUGGAAACUUAAGAGGGAUGUAUGGGAACAAAACUUGUGUGGACUGGCUGACCAUAAAUAUAGUUAAAGGGACACUAAGUCACCAGAACAACUACAGCUUAUUGAAUUUGUUCUGGUGAGUAGAAUCAUUACCAUCAGGCUUUUUGCUGUAAGCACGGUCUUUUCAGAGAAAAUGCUGUGUUUACAUUACAUCCUAGUGAUAACUUCACUGGCCACUCCUUAGAUGACUGUUAGAGAUCCUUCCUGGGUCAUGGCUGCCUAAAAUGCAUCCAAACAUUCAGUGUCUCCUCCCUCUGCAUGCAGACACUGAACUUUCCUCAUAGAGAUUCAUUAAUUAAAUUCAUCUAUAUAAGGAGAUGCUGAUUGGCCAGGGCUGUGUUUGAAUCAUGCUGGCUCUGACCCUGAUCUGCUGCUUUGUCAGUCUCAGCCAAUCCUAUGGGGAAGCACUGUGAUUGGAUCAGGCCACCACUUCUAAUGAUAUCAGCAGACUGCUUGUUUUUAUGAGUCUAACAGCAUGCAGAGUUACAGCUUCAGGCUUGAAUAUAGUAGGAUUUUGCUAUAUGUAUGGAGGCAUGAGGGGCCCAGGGGGGCUUGAUGGUGGUGUUAACACUAUAGGGUAAUGAAUUCAUUUUUGUGUUCCUGACCCUAUAGUGAUCCUUUAAGGUAAUUCUGACUUUGGUCUCUCUAACACUGUGGCAUGUUCCCUUUCUUCUACACUCACUACAUACAGCUUUUCUCUGUCCCAGACCAUAUACCAGGAGCUUCUGCCUGCUAGUAAGAAGGUAAGGAGACAAGUGGACCAGCGAAUGUUAGGGGACAGUCCUUAGAAAGCGUUGAGUGAGCGCAUCAUUAGAUGCAUUUAUGCCAAGCUCAGGGUGCUGUCUGCAUAGUGCCCUUAGUUGGCCAGCUGCAUGAUUGGCAGGCAGCCUGACAUGCAUUCAUGCCAGGCUGGCCUUCUAAUUCUUUGAGCAGACAUGUCCUCUUUUUGGGCAUGUUCGCCCCUUUUGGCAGGUUAUUUGAUUUGUGUCAGUGGCACACCCUUUUACCAUGCCCAUUGACUUCCUGCUUGACUGGACACUGCUGUUAGGGGUUAUGGAUUUACUUAAAAGAUGAAAACAUAAAUUAGAGAGAUAUUAGCCUUGGGUAUAUGUUUUCUUAUAGCUGCUGUUUUCUUGCUCUCCAGCACCAUCUCCAUCAGAUACAUGAUGCUUGGGAGUGUUUUACUGUUUUUGGUCGAUAUGAUUCUGUAAUUAGGCCCGUCAUAAUUGUCAGCACCAGGCCCACUGGGCUCUUAAUCUGGCCAUGGCUGUAGGGAGCUACAGCUAUACUAGGAGAGCGCUGUAGGGAGCUACAGCUAUACUAGGGGAACGCUGUAGGAAGCUACAGCUAUACUAGGGGAAUGCUGUAGGGAGCUACAGCUAUACUAGGGGAACGCUGUAGGGAGCUACAGCUAUACUAGGGGAGCGCUGUGGGGAGCUACAGCUAUACUAGGGGAGCGCUGUGGGGAGCUACAGCUAUACUAGGGGAGCGCUGUGGGGAGCUACAGCUAUACUAGGGGAGCGCUGUACAGCUAUACUAGGGGAGCGCUGUGGGGAGCUACAGCUAUACUAGGGGAGCGCUGUAGGGAGCUACAGCUAUACUAGGGGAGCGCUGUGGGAGCUACAGCUAUACUAGGGGAGCGCUGUGGGGAGCUACAGCUAUACUAGGGGAGCGCUGUGGGGAGCUACAGCUAUACUAGGGGAGCGCUGUGGGGAGCUACAGCUAUACUAGGGGAGCGCUGUGGGGAGCUACAGCUAUACUAGGGGAGCGCUGUGGGGAGCUACAGCUAUACUAGGGGAGCGCUGUAGGGAGCUACAGCUAUACUAGGGGAGCGCUGUGGGGAGCUACAGCUAUACUAGGGGAGCGCUGUGGGGAGCUACAGCUAUACUAGGGGAGCGCUAUAGUUUACCUUUUUAAUAGGGAAUUUAGUGGUUUGCACCCAUUGCAUAAUUUAUAGUUUACUAGUGCUACUGCCAUUAAACUUUCCUAGAAGAGGCUCAGCAUGUGUAAUAAUUAGUGCAAUUUCAGCAAUCAAAAUCUCACUCCUGGCAUUAGGCAUCAGAUGACUUAAAUUAUGGGUUUGUAGCUUGUUGGCAGAAAUAAACAUCCACAUUAAUUUCCCUUUCCUGAAGCGUGAAUAAUCCUGUUACUGGCAUAGGUAUCUCUAGUAGAUGAAUGCUGUCAUUGGUUGGUAGAAAGUAUCUGCCAUACUAUAUUAAACAAACAAUAAUUUGAAACAUGUUAACUAUAAUUUAAAUACUACCUAAAUUUUUUUUUAGCAAUUUAGUAGAAAAACCACCCCAAAAAAUAUACAUGGAAUUCGUUCUGUGUAUUUUUGUUUGGUUGAGGGAGAAGGUAUAUAUGAAAUGUUGACUUGUAAUAGCUGCAGAUCUAGUAUCUGCAGCUUCUGUUAAAUUCCAUGCCCUUCUACCCCAGCACAGGGGCUGUACAAUAAUCUGCCUUACAGCUGAUUGAAAAGUCAUUCCAAGGAAAGUGCUCGGGGUAAUUUCCUGCCUCUCGCGUUUAAUUCCACAGAGUUAAACUACCAAGAAGUAACCGGGCCAGCUGUCUGACAGCCAGGUUCAUUUUUAUAAAAGUGGCGAUUGCUAUUGAAAUCUGUACUUUUGUAAAAAUGGGGAGGGGGGUGGGGGGUUGGAGUAUUCCUUAAAACAUAUGUGGGUGAAAAAAAAACUUUCUUGGCAGACAGGAGAAACAAGGGGACAGAUGAAUUUGUCGCAAACAGGGACUAUGCCUUCUAAACAGAAAUUUUGAUAUAUGAAAUCAUAAUAAUCAACAAUGCCUUUUUUUUAAGGAAGAUGGAAGAAAUCCACUCUAAACAUAUGUAAUGUAAUAACAUUUAGAUUUCAGUUUAUCUGGAUUUGCUAAAACCAUUUCACACCAGCCCUGUGUUUUUACAGUGUUCUAACAAAGGCUGCCCAUGGGUCUGUCAUUUGCAUAAAAUAAAAACAAAUUUGAACAUAUCUGGAGGAGCGCUUACCAAUUCUACAGUGAUUUUUGGAGGAAGUGUAUUUUGUGUUUGAGUAUAUAGAUCCAAGUAUUAUGUAUUACAGGUGUUGUUUUUAUAAGACAGUAGCUCAUGCUGUUCCUAUUAUAAAAUCAUGAACCUUAAGAAAGCAUGUGGAAUUUCCUGGUCUAUUAUUUCUGAAUUUCCAGUUUUUGAACCAUUGUCAAAGUCUAACAUAUAAUUGUAUACACAAUAUCGUUUCUAGUUCAGCAUAUAGCGUUUUACAUUAUUGUGUCAAUACGUAGCCCAAAUGUCCCACUGGGAACCAGAAGUGCAUCGUGGUCAAAAACUAGCCAUAAAUUAAACCCUUCAAUUAAAGUGAUUGAAUAGUUUUCUUUUACCCUCCCUUCCAACCAUUUCUCCCUAUCUUUACCCCUACUUUGACAUGUGAAUCGUAGGUUGCCCACAUUACGCACCUUCUGGAGCCCGGUCACACAAUGCUACCUAUAGCCUAGAAAUGAUCAAUGCUUUCAUUAAUUCUUGUUUCCAUUUUUCAACAUUUUGGGAAAUUCACACCUUCACUAUAAAAGAAUUGGCCAGCAUAGGCUUACUUGCCCCCUUCAUCGGGGAAUAUGGAGUCAGUCCAAUUAGUACCUUGACUUAGAAUCUGCUAUUGUUGGAACCGGUUUGUUUACUAUAAACCUACGCAGGCAGAAAGUUACUGUCAAAGACAAGAGCUUUGAAUACAACACUCAUUACCUGAAACAUUCAAUUACCAGGCCUGCCCUGCAGCCCAAACAACACAACACACCUCUCCCAUACUGCCUGGAGCAUCGAGCACUUGGUAAUCACGUCCUUACCACUGUGCACUGAGCUCAAUCACAUUUUAAUUGUGUACAGUUGUUUAUUUAAGGAUUCCCAUACUUUCCUAUGCUAGGUCACUGAUGUAUCUAUUGCAACUUUUUUGAAGAUGGGCUAGGACUUGGCACUGGCCAGCCAAGAUAGAAAUAAAAAAAAAAGUUGCAAAUGGGUAUCUUAGUAUAUAAUAUUAUUAUUGAUCUCUAUUCAGAUUCUAUAUAAAGGGAAAGGGGAACUCAUAUCAUUGUUAUUGUGGAACUACAAGAAUAUGACUUCUUUUGAUGGCUUUAUUGAUUACAUUUACAUAAUAUUUGUCUCCUAUUUCUCUACUUAUCGUUUUAACUGUUCAAACAAUACCUACCAACAAUGGGAACUUGGGAUAGGGGUGGAGGAACCUAAAUGGGUAUGCCAGUGAAACUCAAAGAGAGCAGUCCAUGCACACAGUGCUCCGGAGGAGCUCGCUACAUGGUCCUAGUGACUUCAGCUCAGUGAAAGUGCAUCUUUAGACAUUGUGCUUGCUGUGGACAGAUCCCUGGAAUGCUGCAGCAAGGGACCAUAGGCUACUGCAUCGAGCAAGCACAAUGUUUGGGACAGGAGCCCGAAAUCAGGACUGUUGGCCAAUAUGCUGGCUUCUGAUGUCAAUUGCAAAAUGUUAAAAAAAGUUAUUUUAGUAGUACAAUAUACCUUGUAGUAUAGUUACAAGGUAAAAUAUGCUGAUGACAGAAAAUAGUGCAUAUUUUUUAAAAAGUUGGAUCCGUGGUCAAUUACCUUGUGUUCUGCUUUUAUCUUCUCUGGCUGACAACAAUAUUAUUUCUGGAAUAACAUAAUGAUUUUGCCAAUUUUGUAAUGUAAAUUGUUGUAAGUGUUCUGCUGUGGAACAUGUAUUCUCUGCAUUUUGGAAUUCAUUAUUAGAAGAUUAGGACGAGGCCCAAAUUUCAAAACUGCCCAAAAAGAGGAAAGUACUCCAUGACAAUCUAGUUUAUUUGCUAAUGAUGUGCAAUAAUAAUGUGUACCAGGUAUACACCCCCUGACAUGCACAAAUUCAUCACAAGGGGGACUUGGGGGUGGCUUUAUUGAUUACAUUUACAGAGAUAUGCGUCACAUGUACACUAGGGAUUUGCACCAAAAUAAGAAAUGGAAGUGUAACUUUUUUGUUUUGUUUUUAAAUGCAUUAUCUUUGUAAUGUAUUCGAACAUGGGGCUCAUACCUGGCCAUUAAUGUCUCUAUAAAUUACAAAUACACUUCCACCUCUGUUACAGGGACACUAUAGUCACCUAAACAACUUUAGCUUAAUGAAGCAGUUUUUGUGUAUAGAAUAUGCCCCAGCAGCCUCACUGCUCAAUCCUCUGCCAUUUAGGAGUUAAUCCCUUUGUUUAUGAACCCUAGUCACACCUCCCUGCAUGUGACUUGCACAGCCUUCCAUAAACACUUCCUGUAAAGAGAGCCCUAUUUAGGCUUUCUUUAAUGCAAGUUCUGUUUUAUUAAGAUUCUCUUAUCCCCUGCUAUGUUAAUAGCUUGCUAGACCCUGCAAGAGCCUCCUGUAUGUGAUUAAAGUUAAAUUUAGAGAUUGAGAUACAAUUAAUUAAGGUAAAUUACAUCUGUUUGAAAGUGAAACCAGUUUUUUGUUUGUUUGUUUUUUCAUGCAGGUUCUGUCAAUCAUGGGGAGGUAUGGCUAGGGCUGCAUAAACAGAAACAAAGUGAUUUAACUCCUAAAUGACAGUGAAUUGAGCAGUGAAAUUGCAGGGGAAUGAUCUAUUCACUAAAACUGCUUUAUUUAACUAAAGUCAUUUAGGUGCCUAUAGUGUUCCUUUUAAGUAAAAUUACUUUCCUUCCCUAAUUCCAGGGUGUCUGUUUUCUUACAUUUCUGUGUUGUAGUCAGGCGUGCCUUUUUUAUUUUUUAUUAUUGUUGUUACUGUUUGCCAUACUUUAACCAUAGAGUUCUCAGCUGUCAAAUGUAAUCUGCAAAUUAAGUUAUAUAUUUUCAUGAUGGGACAGUUAAGGUUCUCCUCAUAUUUUGUCUUCCCCCAAAUAGAUCAGUAAUUUUUCUCUAGAGAACUAUAUACUAUGUCCCAGUAUUUAAUGGGUAACAUUUCUGAGAUCACUAUAGAGGACCAAGAAAGGAUCAGUAAUGCUUUCUGAAAAAGCUUAUUAGCCUGAUGGUCACGCCAAAAAGCAUCACUUUCAUGAGACUAAUAGUCUCCAGAUGACUUGUAGUGCUCGAAGAUUAGAACACUUAUUUUUUAAUAAGUAUGCAUGUAGAUGCAAAUUAGUUAGACAAAGAAUCACCUUUUUGCCUCAUUGUUCCAUUUUUAACAUGGAUUCCUUUUGUUGAACCAAUUUGCAUAUGCCCAUCCAGAAUCCCUUGUGGUAGUAACAUCACUGCAAAUUUGUGCUUUCUGUGGGAAAAGCAAGUCUUGUGGCUUGACUGGUGAGUGAAGAUAUGUGUUUAACCCCUUAAAACCGGAGGACGUACAAUUACGCCCUCUAAUAGGCGGCUCUAAACGCCGCCGGGCGUAAUUGUACGCCCUCCGGUUUUUGUUAACUUACCCGGUCGCCGGCGGUCCCACGCCGGCGAUCGCGGUGGGGGGGACUCCCAGGGAGCCCCCCGCGGCACAUCCGUCCUCGUUGAAGCCCCCCGGCCAUGUGAGAGUGGGGUCCUAGCGAGGACCCCACAAUCACAUGGCCGGGGAUAGCUGGCUUCUGUAUUGCCGGCAGGGGGGCUGCCUGUAAUGACAGGUGGUCCCCCUGCUGGCUGAAAAUAAAAUAAAAAUAAGUUAAUGGUGUAAAAAAAAAUAAUUAUAUAUACUUAGAUCAUAUGUAUAUAUUAUAUAUAUAUAUAUAUAUAUAUAUAUAUAUGAUAUAAGUAUAUAUAUACACAUAUACAUACACACACAUACACCGUCUAGGUGUAUUUUACUAUUAAUAUAUAUAUAAUUAUAUAUAUAUAUUAAUAUCAAAUUACACGUAGACUGAUACUGAUUAAAUAUAUAUAUAAUUAUUGUUAUAUAUAUAUUCAUAUAUAAUAUAAAAAAAAUAAAAAUGUAAAUACGUUAAAAAAUAAAAUUAAAAAAAUAAUUAAAAAUACAUAAUUAAAAAAUAUAUAGAUGUGUGUUAUUUCGUUCUAACUGUUUUGUGAAAUUAAUAUAUAUAUAUAUAUAUAUCAAAAUACAUGUAGAACGAAAUAAUAUAUAUAUCUAUAUACAUAAAUAUAUACGUAUAUAUCACUAUAUAUAUACCUAUAUAUAAAUAAAAAUAUUUUAAAAAAAUUAUAUAGAUAUAUACAUAUAUAUACACAUACGUAUAUAUAUACAUAUAUUAAUUCUACAUAUAUAUUUAUGUAAUAUUUUUACAUAAUUAGGUAUCUUAAUUAAUUACAAUUAGCAGGACCUGCCUGACAACCCAUGCCGAAAGUAAAGGGAAUUUAAUUUGCUAGCACUAUAUUUAACCCUAUAACUUUCCGAGACACCAUAAAACCUGUACAUGGGGGGUACUGUUCUACUCCGGGAGACUUCGCUGAACACAAAUAUUAGUGUUUCAAAACAAUAAAAUGUAUUACAACGAUGAUAUCGCCAGUAAAAGUGACGUUUUUUGCAUUUUUCACGCACAAACAGCAUUACACGGACAAUAUUAUUGCUGUGAUACUUUUUACUGUUUUGAAACACAAAUAUUUGUGUUCAGCGAAGUCUCCCGAGUACAACAGUACCCUCAUGUACAGGUUUUAUGGUGUUUUCAAAAGUUACAGCGUCAAAUAUAAGGCUUGCGUUUCAGUUUUUCACAUUAAAAUUCGCCAGAUUGGUUACGUUGCCUUUGAGACCCUAUGGUAGCCCAAGAAUGAAAAUUACCCCUAUGAUGGCAUACCAUUUGCAAUAGUAGACAACCCAAGGUAUUGCAAACGGGGUAUGUCCAGUCUUUUUUAGUAGCCACUUAGUCACAAACACUGGCCAAAAUUGGCGUUUUUUGCAUUUUUCACACACAAACAAAUACUAACGCUAACUUUGGCCAGUGUUUGUGACCAAAUGGCUACUAAAAAAGACUGGACAUACCCCAUUUGCAAUACCUUGGGUUGUCUACUAUUGCAAAUGGUAUGCCAUUAUGGGUGUAAAUUUCAUUCCCGGGCUACUAUACAGUCUCAAAGGCAACGUAACCAAUCUGGCGAAUUUCAAUUUCAAAUGUAACGUGCUAUAUUUGACCCUGUAACUUCCCAAAACGCCAUAAAACCUGUACAUAGGGGGUACUGUCUUACACGUGAGACUUUACUAAAUACAAAUAUGUGUAUUUUAUUGCAGUAAAAUCAAAGAGUAUUAUGACACUGACCUUUAAAAUGCAAUUUAGAACUAAAAAAAUCAAAAAAAAUCGUAUUUUCUCCCAUUUUUUUCAUAUUAAAUUAUGUUUCAUAGCUAAAUAUUUGAUAUUAAAUGAAAGCCCUGUUUCCCCUGAAUAAAAUGAUAUAUAAUAAGGGUGGGUGCAUUUACUAUGAAAGAGGUGUAUUACGGUUGGACAGACAUGUAGCGCAAAUGCCAGGUUUUGUUUACAUUUUGUUUUGUUCACAAUGUGUACAUUUGGCUCCGUCCUUAAGGGGUUAACAAAGUAUUAACUAUCCACUGACUUAAGAUGGAAGGGGUUUUCAUGACCGGCACAUAGUCACCAUAUGGGCAGGUGGAAUUACCCCCCAAACUUACACCCAAUAACACACUGACACUAAUGUAUGGGUCAAUAUGUCCAUAGCUUUAUUAAUGGUAAUAACAAAAUUAAAGUCAUUGCACAGCCCCAUCCCACAAUAUAACAUCAUAUGUCCCCGAAACAGAAGGCAAUGACCUAUAUUUUUCCAUAAAUAACCUUAAUAACAAACAUCAUAAACAUAAUAUGAGUGCCACACUUUGUUAAUGCAGGGCUGGCAUUGUCCAAGUGCCAGGCCAGCCCUGCAAUGUGCCUUCAAGGACCGGAGGGGAGAUCAGAGAUAUCCCUCCCCGGUCCGCAGGCACAUUGCUGGCAGCCGGCAGGGGAGGGAGGGAGGGAGGGAGAUAGGACCCGGGAGCUCUUACCUGCAGCUCCUCCGGGUCCUACUCUCGCAAGCACGGAGCGUUGCCGCAGUUACCACGGCAACGCUCCAAAUCUCUGGAGAGUGAACUCUAGCCCUGGAGCGCAGGCUAGAGUUCACUUCCCCACUGGACCACCAGGGAUCGAGAAAUGUCCCCCCCCUCCUCCCAGUAAAGGUAAGAAGGGAGGGCAUAAAGAAUAUUUAUUUUAUUUAAAUUUAAAAAAAAUAUAAGAAGAGUAGGGGGGUGUUUUUAAUAUUUGUAAUAUUUUCAUAUAAUAUGUGUUUUUUAAUUUUUUUUAUUUAAUAUGUAUGUAUGGGGCAGUGUGUGUGUGUGUGGGGGGGGGGCAAUGUGUGCGUUAAGAAGGGUAGGGGGCUUUUUUAUAAUCUCACACACACACACUGCCCCCCAUACGCAUACACUGCACCCCAUACACACACACUACCCCCAUACACGCACAUUGCCGUACACGUACACUGCCCCUCCAUACACACACAUUGCCCCACACUCACACAUACACUGCAAUCCUCACACACACACAAAUACUGACCCACACAUACACUGCACCCCUGACAUACUGCCGCCCUAACUCACACACACACUGCACCCCUUACACAUUGCACCACUCACACACACCACUGCUCAUAUGCCCUACUGUGGCGAAACCGAUCUCACCACUGGGCAUUGGAGAAGACUGAUUGUCAGCCUCCUGCCAUGUGACUAUGGCCCCUGGGAUGUAUUGCCCUUUAAAGACAUGAUUUGGGCAUAAUGGAUUUGUGUUGUGCUGCUGCUGGCCCUUUAAGAACCAUCUGGGGACAUACUGUGGAGUUACUGGGUGGCCACCAUUUCCUGUAUCAGAGGCACAUGGUGAGAACAAUGGAUGAAGCACAUGGUGAGAACAAUGGAUGGCGGCCAUUUUAACUCACAGACACUGUUUGGACUUUUCAACACGGUACCAUCUCGCCAGUAUUUGGUGCACAGAGACAUUGUGCAGUGGUUUUGGACUAUACAACAGGGGACACCUUAUACAGUAAUUGUUUUUCAUAUAGCCUGCAUAUGUUCUGUAAAAUCUGCAUUAAACUGUAUCUUCCAAAGUACUGAACGGAUCUGGGUGAAUUUUGGAUAUGGUUCACCCAGAUCCCCCGGUUCCAAGGAUAUAUUUUUUAUGCAGUUAUUGUAUGUUUUGGGGUCCCUGUGAUGUGUUUUAUGAAACUGUAUUUCUCUGUCUGUGAUAAUUAGAUUACCCAUUGUGUAAGGUAAUUGUAUCACAGGCAGAGGGGAGGAUUUUGUGUGGGAGUGUCUGAGUGUAUUGUACGUGUUAUUGGUUGUUCUGUAAAACCCUGUGGGCAGUACUAAGUUUGUGGAUUGGGAAUAAAAGAGGCUGUAUGUGCCAGUCCAGUCAGUUCCUGCUUAACCCUCAAAGUGAAGUGUCAUCUCAUUAUUGGGGGAGGAUUUAUUGUAUGCUGUUCCAGUUUGACUGCCAGGAGUGUAAACCUAUUCGCAUGGUUUUUCCUAUUCAGCUGUAUACAACAUUCAAAUGCUUGAGAGCAUUCAUAUGGUUCGGUGGUUCUGGUGUCUGCUGCAGUGCUUGGAGUCCUCAGGAAGCGCUAGGAGCAUCCUUCAACGGAGGUACCCAGUCGGGGUGCCAGGCGAUCCGUUACACCUACUACAGCCCCAUUUCCCAGCAGACCUCAGGUAAGUUGUCAAACUGUUCUUAAACGGUUUGACUACUUACUCUGGGAGGGGGUCCCAGCACUAUUGACACCAUAACCGCUACACUGAGCUGUAGUGGUUAUUGUGUCUGGAUUAUUUCUUUAAAUAAUCUACAAGUGCCCCUCCCGAGAUCAGGCUCUGGAUCUGCCACUGAUACCCGGAUACCCCUACCACCCACCAGGUUCUGAGCCACCACUGAGCUCAAAACCUACCAAAGUUCAUAAUGAACAGUUGAACCAAAUUUAACCAGCAGCCUAUUCUAUUUAAACUAACCCAGAGCCUGUUGGUGCCCUAACUUUUCUUUCUCUAGCUAACACUCCUGACCCUUUUACAUGGGAGGGAGGGGCAAAUUAGGCCAGGUAAGCAAAUUAAAUUGGCUUAUCCUAAAAUGGCUGCUUAUUUAUAAAGGGCCAACCCCUUAACAUUCCAACUCCCUAUCCCAGGGGACCUUCCCCCUAUGUCUGCCUUCUAGCUCUGUCAGGCCCUUUUCCACUAAGCUGCGCUUGCUCUAUAGGGUUACAAUCCCUUUUUCUCCCACCAUAACAUUUUUGGUUUGUGAUAGAUAAAUAUAUAUUAUUUAUUUACAUGAAACGUGUUGCCUUGUAGAUUGUAUGUAGACUUAAAGGAAUACUGCAAGCGCUAUAAUCACUAAAGCACUCUGUAAUGGUUAUGCUGCAAGGAGUGACCAGGCAUCCUAAACCCUUUGUCAAUAGUCAAACAGUUUUGGAACAUUUUGACUUCAUACCUGGAGCCCACCUGGUGCAUCUCAAUGCCUUCACUACAUCCAACAGAAACAAGUAGCUUUGUUAGCUCACUUUGGCUUAGCCAUGCCAUGUGGGGCUAGUUCAUUUGCUAAGAGUGUCACCUGAUGACUCUCUCAGUCUAUGAGCUAAGACCUGCACCGCCAGACUUGGCUCAGACUGAGAACCUCUGGCACUUUGUAGGCUGCAGAAGAGGUGGGGAGUGGUGCCAAGCAGAUUUCAUGUGAGAAGUCAAAUCAUCAUUGAAGAGUACCAGGGUUCUCAUGGCACCAUGAUCACUACAGUGUGCUGUUGGAGUUCCAAAUAACUAACAUGGUCGAUAUUUUGAGAUGGAUCCUUAAAUUAGUAAAUUAAUUUUCCACAUGCAGGAUGUAAACUCCAUAAAGAUGCUACAGUGUAAAAAUGCCAUGUAUUGCCCCUAAGCAUAUUAAAAUGGAAUGGUUCAGGUAAUGCCUAGUGGUGCUAAAAGCUUACCUUAUCUUUAUUAUUUGAAGAGGAGGUGUCACUGCUAUUUUUGCACAGCUCGUUAGCUAAAUAGGUUUGGUUGUGCUUUUCUAUCUUGUAAUUCUCAGCAGUUUUAUGGCUGUCUGCCUUCUCAGACUCAGGCAGACAUGUCAAGUAAAUUAAAUCAAGUCCGUGAAUAAGACUCCACAGGUAAAUCCCAGACGGAUCAAUUCAUUUGAAUGUGGAUUAAAAGGCAUUUGAUUUGGAUGAACCACCUGAUUUAAAAAAAAAAUAAAUUAAUAAAAAAAUGGAAAAAAUAAAUAAACUGUUCACAAGUCUAGAAAUAAAUAAUGAAUAAGAAGAUAACCUAAAAGCACAAAGCUUGCAUUAAUUACCUUAACCCAUGCAGCAUUGCAUGCCUCCCAACUGUCCCGAUCUCUGCAGGACAGUCCUGAUUUUGAAGUCCAGUCCUGACUUUAUUCCCUGGUGUCGCACUUUAGCUUUAGUAAAUAACUAGUUUCUGAAGCCAGCAGGGUACAUUUUUAAGCAGAUACAUUUUGCAACUACAAACAGUGGGCAUGAGUAAGGAUGCCCUUGCUAUACUGAAAUACCAUCAAUAUUGGCGAAAAACAAUCAGCUUUCACAAAUUAAAUGAGGGAGCAAUGACAAUCCAAGAAAGCCAUAGGCAGGUACUUGUUUGGGCCCACCCCUUUAUUUCUCACAUAAGAAUGAUGAAUGGAACCACGUUAUUCUAGGGCCAUUAACCUAAUCUUUACCCUGGGCCCUAGGCUGCUUAAAGGAAAACUCCAGUGCCGGGAAAACAAUCCGUUUUCCUGGCACUGCAGGUACCCUCUCCCUCCUACCUCCCAUCCCUGGUAGCUGAAGGGGUGAAAACCCCUUCAGUCACUUACCUGAGACCCCCGCCGAUGUCCCUCGGCGGUGGUUUCGGGUCGGUGUCGCUCCUCCCAGUAAUUACGUCAACCAGUGGGCGAGACUGAUCCUGCCCGCCGGCUGAGGAAACCUAAUGUGCAUGCGUGGCAAUUCUGCGCAUGCGCAUUAGGUCUCCCUAUAGGAAAGCAUUGAAAAAGAUUUUCAAUGCUUUCCCAUGGGGAAUUGAGCGACGCUGGAGGUCCUCACACAGCGUGAGGAUGUCCAGCGACGCUAUAGCAAAGAAAAUCUUUGCUAUGAUUCAGGAAGUGCCCUCUAGUGGCUGUCUGCUAGGUGGUUAACCCUGCAAUGUAAUUAUUGCAGUUUAUUAAAAAGUUGCAGGGUUAAGAGUAGUGAGAGUUGGCACCCAGACCACUCCAAUUGGCAGAAGUGGUCUAGGUGCCUGGAGUGUCCCUUUAAUGAUUAAUUCUGCUCUGAGUUAGGUCUGAAUGGGGAAAAAAGAGCUGAUCUGGGAAAAUACUCCAACUCCGUCAUAGUCACAGCUUGGGUAUUUUUUCCUUCAUUUUGCCAUCCGGAUUUAAUUCAGGAAAAUUUAGAAUUUUGGGAAAUACAUAAGCACUAGUAUUGCUGUAGCUUUAAAAUGACUUCUGUGUCAAAUGAAGGCCGCUUUUAUUUCAGAAAACCUUGUACUGUGUUGCUAUGAAUAAAAUCUUAAGUAAGUGUUUACUUCGGCAACGCACUGCUUACCGUAGAGGAGAGGUCACUGAACAUAGUGAGCAAUCUUUGGCUCCAGGUGGUGCUGAUUUGCUAAGGAGCCUCCCUUUCCCAACCAUGCAGUUUAGGUGGAGCAGGGCUAAUCCUUAAUUCUAAUCAGGAGCACUAUUUGGCCUUAACGUUCUUCUGCUAUGUCAUCUCUAACCUUUAAAUGUUGAAGGGUUACUCUAACUCUUUAUAGAACACAUUUUAUUUUAAAUUCUCUAAUAGGUUUGUAAGUAGGUCCCCCCCUCUUUAAAACCUGAAGAAUAGUAUUUACCUGAAAUCCAGCGUUGGGCAAUAACUCCAGCGCCAUGCUCUACUCCUCCGUCUGAUGUCAUUCCUGCCCUUACAUGUUCAAAUCAAGUGCUUCUCAUAGAGAAGACUUUUCAAUUGCAUGCACUCUAGCUAUAAAAAGGGAGGGAAUGAGGGAUUAAAAUAAUAUUCCCUUGGAAGAGCCGGUACUCGGCGAAACGCGCGUCGGGAUAUUUAGAGCAGAGGGUGGCAGGGGCUGACAGGGGAUGAUGCUGCAGCUAGUUAUUCUCCCUGAUUAGCCACCUCGCUAUAUAUUUUAACUCACUCUAUCAUGUUUGGAUAUGUAGCUAUUAGUUAGUUUCGGCUAAACUACUAGCGUUAGGGGGAAGGGGAUAUGAUGCUACUUUGGCACUGGGUGUUGGGAGUUGGGGAUAUGCUAACUUGAUUACCAUUUGGUUCUCUGGACGUUUGAGACUACUUCAUUACUACACCCCUCCCCACCCCCUCCUGUGCCAUAGGUACUAGUACUACAUAACAGUAGUAUCUUUUAGCACACCUUCUCCUCCUCCCCCCCUUUUUCCUUUUACUGUGUGUAUUUGCAUAUAGGAAUUUUUUGUUAAAGUUUUAUUAAGUUUAUAUUUUAAUCUUUACUUUUUUAUUGGGGUUGCUCCAAUACCCAUAAGGCUUAGGUCAGUAAGUCUCCAGACUUAUCUAUUUCUGACCUAGCCUUUUGCUCUCGUUUUUUUAGUUUCCACUAUUUCAGACUGAGAGCUGAUAUCUGUGUCUGGAUUAAGCCCUGCAUCGCUCAGAUCUCAGCCGGUGAGCUAGCCUGCUUGGCUCACAAGAGCUAAUGGCAAUUCUGGCUUAGCAGCUUCUGGCUCUCCGUCGUCCGUAGUGGAGAUGAGGAGUGGCACGCAGCGGACCCCAGGACCUCCUUGCAAUAUUGGACAACUAUUACAGCGAGCUGUACUGGUUAUGGCGCUUGUUGUGUUGCCUUUAAAGGCAGCAGAUUCGUUUUAAAAGCAUUUAAGCUUUGUUCUUUCUUAAAGGACCACUAUAGGCACCCAGACCACUUCAGCUCAAUGAAGUGGGCUGGGUGUCAGUUCCAUCUAGGAUUAACCCUGCCUGCUGUAAACAUAGCGGUUUCAGAGAAACUGCUAUGUUUACAAAUAGGUUAAUCCAGCCUCUAGUGGCUGUCUCAUUGACAGCCGCUAGAGGCGCUUCCGCGCUUAUCACUGUGAUUUUCACAGUGAGAAGACGCCAGCGUCCAUAGGAAAGCAUUGAGAAUGCUUUCCUAUGAGUCUGGCUGAAUGCGCGUGCGGCUCUUGCUGCGCAUGCGCAUUCAGCCGAUGACGGCAGAAGAAGGAGAUGAUUCCCCAGCACCGAGGGAGCCCGGCGCUGGAAAAAGGUAGGAAUUUAACCCCUUCCUCACUCCAGAGCCCGGCGGGAGGGGGACCCAGAAGGUGAGGGGGACCCGAGGACCCUAAAGAGCCAGGAAAACAAGUAUGUUUUCCUGGCACUAUAAUGGUCCUUUAAGAAACCAGACCCUUAUUUUUAUUUAUUUUAUUUUAAUUGUAUUUAUUUAUUUUCAUUUAUUUUUUUACAAAUCCUGUCUUUAUUUAUUUGUUCGUUCAUUCAUUCAUUCUGCUAAGGAAGCAUUAUGUAACCUUGUUUGUAAUAUGGAGCAAAUUGCCAGCACACUGUCAGUAGGGCCUAUUAUCAGUUCUCUAACAGGAUUAUAAUGAAUUCUAGGAAGAACCAUCAAGGCUUCGCCACAGCAGGGGACAUACAGAGGAGCCAUCUGUUACCAUUCAGGCCUCACACAAUAAGGAUCAUUCACCAAACACUGAAUUGUAGCACACGGAAUAUAAAAUUGCAAACUUGUGGUUAAAAUGUGCUGAUUUGGGAACAUUUUCCAACUCUGUUAUAAUAACAGCAUGACUUUUGUAACCUGCAUUUUUGCAAUGUGGUUUUCAUUUCAGUUUAGUGUAUGAAGCUGAAGGUCUCACCCAUGUUUUUAAGUAUUCUGAUGGAGUAUAAUAUUCCUUUAGAAAUGGGUAGAAUAUUGUGAUAUUUGUUGCUCGUAAUAAAUAUGUAAUUUUUUCUCUGAAUAAAACCAUUAAUUGUAAAAAUGGGAGAGAGAAAAAAAAACAUCUGGAGAAUGCGGGCAUCGAUCCCGCUACCUCUCACAUGCUAAGCGAGCGCUCUACCAUUUGAGCUAAUUCCCCUUGGUAUGAAAACCUAUAUUUGUGCUUCCUGUCAGACAGCCCCAAUGUUCCAUCAGCCAUGCUAAAGGAACACUAUGCUUCUUGCAAAGUGUGAGGACGUCCAGCGUUGUUUUAUGGCCUUCAAAAGUGAAACUGCAGGAAGCGCCUCUAUUGACUGUUUUACUUUACAGGCUUAAGGGGGCAGGGACACUGCUCCCAGACAACUCUAUUGAAAUGACAUGGUCUUGGUGCUUAUAGAGUCCCUUCAGUAACGUUACUUGUAAGCAUUUUCUUCCCUAUAAGGUUUUGCAAGUUUUUGCUACAAUGUAGUGUUAUACAAUGAACUAAACAAAUCACUUACCGCAGUCCCAUACAUACUAUCCAGUUCAGUAAACUGACAAAAUAAACCUUUUCUAAUGUGAAAUUAUUACUCUGAAGUCAUCUCAGAACUGUAAGCAGUCAGAUUGUUUCAGUCUUGAGUUAACUAAAUGGGAAAAUAUAAAGAAGAAAAUACACAUUCCUGUAAAGAAAAAAAUCUUUUGAUCUCUCUCUGUCAGCCAAUGAGUUAAGACCUUCAAGUGCCAGAUUUAAUUCCGACAGCUCUCUCUAGGCUGGGGUGGAGGCUGCAAGAGGCUCCAGGCAGACCCCAGUCAAACUGUUCUCAAAUGGUUUGAUUCCUUACGUUGGGGAGGGCACCAUAACCACUACAGUGCCCUGCUGGAGUUCCAAAUAACUAAUAUGGCGCUUGUCUGUGCUGCACUUUUGCGAAAUAACUUGCAUGUACAACAAUGUAAUUUCUGUGCAGAUGGGACAUUACGGUGAGGAGUUUAUUAAGGGAAAAACAAUUCCUAUUCUGAGACUGUGUGAAAUUAUGGGCAAUCACCAUGGAAAUUAAUAGAAUGUUCAUUAAAGUGUAGCACAGUUUCCCUAGAGUAGCGCCUGUUUCUGUCUUGCAAUUGCUUUUAACUUACCUCUGCAGCAAUACUGCAACAUGUAACAUGCACACACCGCAUAAAGGAAAGCAAUUCAACAAAAGCAUAAUCCCAAAGCAAAAAUGCUUUCAUUGAACACUUUGCAUGCUACAUGGUACAAGGCAACGCAAAAGCAUUAAGACUUGACAAACAUAGACUGCUCUUUUGACCGCAGGAAAAAUUUCUGCAGAGUAUCGUUACCUAUUUUUUCUGUAAUAAAAAAUUUAAAAGCAUUAAAAAAAAAAAAAAUCUGGAGAAUGCGGGCAUCGAUCCCGCUACCUCUCACAUGCUAAGCGAGCGCUCUACCAUUUGAGCUAAUUCCCCUUUAAUAAAUUCCCAUAUGUGAGCUGUUGUGGUUGCUGGGAUGACAACCAUUUGUUUUCUCAAACAUGAUAAUGAAAGUUGUUUGUAAGCACUUUUCAUAAGGUAUUUUUGAGUUAUACCUUAACCUGAACACAUAAGUCCCAUACAUACUAUCCAGCUGAGUAAAUUGAAGAGUUUAUUGAAGUAUUCCUCUGAAGUCGUCUCAGAACUAUAUGUAUUAUGAUUCUUGUAGUCUUGAGUCAAAUAAUCGGGAAAUAUAAAAAAAAGAAAUUGCAUAUUGCUCUAUUGCAGCGGGCACUAGGACCAUGCAGUGAGUGUUUCAGCAGCAUUCCCUGCGUGUUCCUGAAGGCUGGGGGUUGUGACGACACCCCUUUAUGAGUUGGACCCACCCAUUACUCUUAUAACAGUAUUUAUGGCAAUCACAAUCACGUUAUUGGUUAUAUAGCGCCUAUGACUUUUGUACUGUGUUUUUAUAUACUUUGCCUACUGCACGGAACAGAAUCCUCAUAAAAUGUCUGCAAUGCAUCAGUUAUUUUCUCCAUAAAAACACGUAUAGUUUCUGUACUUUUAUAAUGUCAGUAUUUGCUCUUUCUCCAUGGUCUGAGACUCCACACCAAUACACCCAUGCACACGAACAUUGCAGAGGCACCCAUGCAUUCACACAAAAGAAAGAAAUUGGGGGGGGGACACACAAAAAUCCUUGCACUGGCCCUGAUAGCGUGGUAUGUAGUGUAUAUGUUGUACAAAUGUUUAUGGUCUGAUGCAUGCUAUCUUGGUAAAGGGAGGGGGUGGGGUAAGUGGCUCAAAUUUUUCUAUAACCAUGCAAGAAUCUAUACAUAUUGCAUCCUCAAAGCACAACUGCACACUGUGUAAUAGGUGUAUAGCUAAGACUCUGGAUUUUCAGGAUUUUGUGUCACUAGACACAGAUACACCCUUGUAAAGAGGGGUAAGAAAUUAUGUGUUUGAUGUCGACUCUAAAGCUUAUUGUAUAUCUCCUGGGAAUAAAUACUUGUUACAUUUACAUUUUCCAUGCAAAUAAGAACAAAGAACGGUUUUUCCAUGUUUGUUGUAUGAGCUCGUAUUAACCCCUUGAGUGCCAAAUUGCAAAUCUGCAAUGUAGAAGAAUGUGUGUGUGUGUGUAUAUAAUAUAUAUAUAUAUAUGUGAGUGGGUUGAGGGGUAUUUUGUUAUUUUCCUGACAUUUCAAUGAUGAUUUGCUUUCUUAAAAUGCAUAUCCAAGCAUCAAAAUUAGGAAAUUUAGGUUUUCCUAUUACAAGAAAUAAAAGUACUUGCCAGAAUACUGUUUUCAAGGAUUUUCACCAAUAUGUGACCUGUGGGGAAUGGAAAUAGAAUGUCAUAUUAGUCUUACUGGAAAAAAAUAAUUUAAGAAUUUGCAUUAAAAAAAAGAAGAGAUAAACAUAACCCCUUUCCCCCCUCCCCCCUUCAAAGUAUUGGGAGGUUAGUGUACAUGCACAGCACAUUUCCAUGAGUCAAUGCAUCUCUACGGGUGGUGAGCAUUGUUCCUACAAUCUUUGCUGGACCAAAUCCAGGAAGUUCCUCUAGUUACUGUCGGAAUGACGGCAAAGGUCGCUUUAGCCUGCAGGGCUAGAUUUACAUAUCAGGGGCCCGUAGGCACGAAAUUCGAAGGAGCACCUGGCUCCCCAACUCAAAAAAGGUAGAUAAACUAAAUAUAAUGGAUAUAUUAACUGGACACUGCAAGCCUAAAAAACAUUUUUUUUAAUGUUUAAACAACUGCAUAUGUAUGGAUGUGCGUAUUGCUGCUUGUACUGUAUUGUGUUUGAAUCUGUGAGUAUAGUGAGUGUGUAAAUACAUGAAGGGUUAAAGAUAUUGAAGAAGUGGUUAGGGUAAAGGAGGGUGUAAGGUUAGAAAAGGAUUAGCAUGAGAGUUCGAUUACAUAGGAUGUUUAUAUCGUGUGUGUGUGUGUGUGUGAGAGAGAAUGUGUGUUUCAAACCACUAAGAGUGUGUGUCCGUGAAUGUGUCAAAUCAGUGAGUGUGUGUUUCAGUGUCCUCUGUGUGUAACUAUUAUGUGUGUAUUUUAUUGUCAUUUUGUGACUUUUAUACCUCAGAUUAAGAGUUCACACACUCCUCCCUACAUACACAAUAUUCACAUUGUGUCAUAUUUAUUUAAAACAUAUCCUUUACUACCUUUUAAUCAGUCUACACCUUUCAUUUGUAAUUUAAAUCAAUAGAAAUUACUUUCGCGAGGCAGGGGUACUUAUUUUUGUAUUUAAAAAAAAGUUUUUUUAGACAUGCAGGGGCUGUUUAGGAUUUCUGAGUUUCCGUUUAGAGUGGGGUCCAAUUUAUACAUAAUGUAUUUUAGGAUUGUUGAGUUUAGGACUACAGGUGGAUUAAAUUGAGUAUUCAUUUACAUGAGCUGUUUAGUUAAACAUAGGAUUAAAGUAAAGGGUUCAUUUUCAGGUUUAGGCUUUGAGUGUUUCAAUUUGGGAAUAAGUAAUGUGUUUAGGUUUUGGCAGGGGUUAAAUUCAGGGUUAGGGUAAGGGGAUAUUUAGGCCUUGUGGGGGUUGAAUAGUUAUUUACAACUUACUCACUCUCCUAUGUCUUCUGUUGGCCAGUCAGAUUGACAAUAGAGCUGCAGGAGAGGUUAUACAGUGUGCAUCACUAAGCGCUUCCCCUACUCCUACAGCAAGGCACUACCUGUGUUUGAGGCUGUUAGUGUGUGUAGAUGGGAAGUGAUCUCUUCCUAUUCCUGUCCAGCCUCACAGACAGAGACCCUGGAGGAGCUGGGACAGCACUGAGUUUUUUACACUUUCUAUAACUGUUGCUGCAGCUCCUCUGUUAAAGGACCACAAUAGUCACCCAGACCACUUCAGUUCAAUGAAGUGGUGUGGGUGCCAGGUCCCCUCAGGUAUUAACCCUGCAGCUGUAAACAUAGCAGUUUCAGAGAAACUGCUAUGUUUACAUUGUAUGGUCAAUCCAGCCUCUAGUGGCUGUCUUCCUGACAGCCGCUAGAGACGCUUCCCCAACGCUCAAUCGAAAAUCGCAUUGAGCACGCAGAACGUCCAUAGGAAAGCAUUGAGAAAUGCUUUCCUAUGGGCGUUUGUAAUGUGUGCGUGGCUCUGGCCGCGCAUGCGCUUUCGGCUCCACUCGGGAGCUAAUGUAGGAGGGGGAGGAGAAGUCACCAUCGCCGAGGCAGCCCGGCUUUGGGUAAAGGUAAGUAGCUGAUGGGGUUUUAUCCCCUUCCGCCCAACGGGAGGGGGGCUCUGAUGGUGGGGGGGAUCUAAGGAUUAUAUAGUGUCAGGAAAACGGGUUUGUUUUCCUGACACUAUAGUGGUCCUUUAAGGCUGACUGGGCUACAGAGGACACUAGCCAAUGAUCCUGGUACCGGUACUUAUCUCAAACCACCAGCCCACUUAAGCUCAAAAAGGCACAUUAGAAGUGCUGAAAUCACAUACCCCACUGUUCAAGCACCUAAUAGGAAAUUCGGUCUUGAACAGUCAAAGCAGGAUUAACAAUAACGCGACUCUAGGCGAUUGCCAGGGGUUAGACAGGGGCCCCAAAACUAUGAAUUUUCUUUACCCCAUUAACAUCCCUGUGCGAGGAAUAAAGGUGUGAGAUCCAAACUGGUAACCUGCCGGGGCCAUGGAAGCUUAAUCUUGCUCUAGGGACAUGCUGUAUGUCUCAGAACCACUACCUUAAAGGGAAAGUAUAGGCAACCAGACCACUUCAUCUCAUUGAAUAGGUCUGGGGCCAGUGUCCUGUUCCUAUAACCCUGCAAUGUAAAACAUGUUGGGUUGCCUCUAGUGGUUGUCUCCCAGACAGCCACUAGAGGUGCUUCCUGCUGUAUCACCAUGUUUAACUCCAAGAAACAACGCUGGGCAUCACCACACUGUGCAUGAGGAUGUCCAGAGGCUUUAAAUCCCCCAUAGAAAAGGAUUGAGUGCUUUUCUAUGGGAAAGGCCUAAUGGACUCACCAUGCAAGAGCAUUAGGUUCACCCUCGUUGCUGACAUCGGAAGAGGAACCAACGCUCUGGAGUAAGGUGAGUUUUUAUAAGGGUUUUUAACCUUUUUAUUGCCACAGAGGCAGGGUUGCAGAGGUACACUACAGUAUUAGGAACACAGCUUUGUAUUCCUUUAAGCUGGACUGGUUUUGGUGCCUUUAAAGGACCACUCUAGGCACCCAGACCACUUAAGCUUAAUGAAGGGGUCUGGGUGCCAGGUCCAGCUAGGGUUAACCCAUUUUUUAUAAACAUAGCAGUUUCAGAGAAACUGCUAUGUUUAUAAAUGAGUUAAUCCGGCCUCUAAAGCCUCUAGUGGCUAUCUGAUUGACUGUAAAAAUCACAGUGAGAAGACGCCAGCGUCCAUAGGAUUAUGAAUGCUUUCCUAUGAGACUGGCUGAAUGCGUACGCGCAGCUCCUGCCGCGCAUACGCAUUCAGUCGAAGAGGGAGGAGAGGUGGAGGAGAGCUCCCGCCCGGCGCUGGAGAAAGUUAAGAUUUUAACCCCUUCCUCUCCCAAGAGCCCGGCGGGAGGGGGACCCUGAGGGUGGGGGCACCCUCAGGGCACUAUAGUACCAGGAAAACGAGUAUGUAGAAUGAGUAUAUAGUGGUCCUUUAAUGACGCUUUACCUUUGAAUAUGUUGAAUAUGAAUGAUCAUGUGUUAUUUUCAUUUUUUUUUUUUUUUAAACAUUUUCAACAUUCUCUCUUUUUUUUUUUUUUUAGAGGUUUUUUUCACAUGCGUGUGGCAAGUUGUGACUUUGUGAAGCGACCAUGACACAAAGCACCGAAAUCGUCAACCUCUCUUUUUUGUCAGACAGUGAGAGAGACCUAAUUUUGCAGGUACUUCAUAGAGAUGAGGAACUCCGAAAAGCAGAAGAGAGACGAAUUAGGUAAGGCUGAUUUUUCAUAUGCCAUCAGUGCUUUCAUACCGUUUUUUUUUUUUUUAAAUGAUGAGUUAUUCACAUGUUUCUCAUGUUCAAACAUUAGAGCUCUAAAAAUGGUUACUUUUGUUUUUCCUUUCUAAAAGGCGCUUGAAGGUUGAACUUCAAGAUAUACGUAGAAAAGGGGCAAAAAGGGGGAGCCAGCGCUAUAGUGAUCGGACCUGUGGCCGCUGUCAGCAGAACGUGGCCCGAGCUGUCCCCAGGGCCAAUGUUUGUCGGAGCUGCAACCACCUGGUUUGUAAAGACUGCCGAAUGGAUUCUGCCAGCGGAAGCUGGAAGUGCAAUGUCUGCUUAAAAGAAGCGUGAGUUCUUGUAUCUAACCAUGUCCAAUUGGUUUUAAUCUUUGAGGGAACCUACCCGUUACGAAUAUUUUAUAUAUAUAUAUAUAUAGUUUUAUAUACUUACUAGAAGAUUUUUCUCAGUCAUUAUUUAAAAAUGGGAAAAAUCUAUUUUUUAUUUUAUUUUUGUCUACAUACAUUUUUAUAUUCAUUCAAGGUGUUUGUUGAAUUGAUCAUUCGUACAUGUCUCCCUGCAUAGUAAGGGUCCCCGUGCUAGAUCAUGAAACUUUACUUUCUUAUCUACAAUUCAGGAAGUGGCUGCUCAACAAAGUGGUUUUUUUUUUGUUUUUUUUUUCACCAUGCUAUCUUCACAGUGGCAGAAUAAGCUAUUAUCUGCUAAUUGUUUGUCAGCACAAGUCUAAAUAAAGUUGUCACUUCACAUUGUCUCACUAUACACCCAGAACAUGUGGUGUCUCACUUGGAAUUUUGUGAUACUUUAUUCAUGUACGGACCACAUACAAGUUUUUAAUUUUUUUGUAUUGUGUAUUUUUUUUUUUAAAGGGAACUUAAAAAGUCAACAGGAGAUUGGUUUUAUGACCAAAGAGUGAAUCGUUUUGCAAACCGUCUCGGGAGUGAUUUAGUGAGGAUUUCUCUCAGACGGAAACCACCAGGUAUUUGAUACUUUUGUCGUAUUGCUCGAAUGUCUCUAAAAAUGGUGCGUUUGAAAUGUGGACAGAAAGAGCUCGAUCUCCUUGGCAAUGAUUCCUUUAAAAUAUAGCAAAUCUGUUUAAAGGGACAUUUCAAGCACCAUGACCACUACAGAUUACUGAAGUGUUUAUGGUUUAAAACCUUGUUGGGUGAGAUCCUUCCAUUAUCAAGCAUUUGACAAAUACCAGGGAUUCCCCUGCACCCAAAGCCUGCCUUUCUUUGCUUGGGACAUCCUUUGUAGAGGGUUCACGUUCCUUGUUAUAUAUUUCUACAUUUACAUGGGCUCUGGCUAUGCAUUCACCAUUAACCACAUUAGUUAGAAGAUUUCAUACAAACGCCUUGUGACACAAUCUUAUUUGUAUUGUAAAGGUUUUUAAUAGCGGAAUACAUGUCUCUGAAGGUUUCAGUAUGAAAGAAUGCUGACACAAGUCAUUCUGAGAUACUCCUGGUGUCGAUUUAGUCCAAUUUUUGUCUUAAUCUGUUUCAUUUUUUUACUUGUGAUGAAUUUUGCAAGCAUGUUACUGAUCACAGUUUGGUGCAUAAAACACAUGAAACUAUUGAGUGAGGAAAAUGAAGCCUUGCAAUCAAUGUCUUCACAGUAAUGUAUUUUAUGUCGGUAAAAUAAAGUAACAAAAAGCACAACAUUUUUGACUUUCCAUAAACUGCUUUUUUGAAAAUAUGUGCAGUUAUCCUGGUCCAUAUCUGUAACCUGGGUGGCUGAUGACAAGUGCUGCUUGCAACCCAAGGCUUGCGUCCCCUUCUCAGGUGUACCUGCUGUCAUUUAUAAUCAUAAUAUGAUUUGCGCCACUGAGAUACCCUCUCUCUUCCUCCACAUUGUAUACAAGUAAAUCUGUUAUUUAUAGUUUAGUUAUUAGACAGAAUGAGUUUUUUCUUUCUUUGUUUGUUUUCGGCUUUUUCUUUUUUCUUUUUUUUUUUUCUUUCUUUUAUAUAGGCAACAAAAGAGAGACCACAGCACAAACCAUCUUUGAGCAUUCACAACAGGUCAAUGAACCCAAAGCAAAGAAGAUACCACGGAGUCCUCAAGAGCGAAAAAAGGCUUCUGGGUAAAUCUAAAUUGUGUGCUUCUGGCAAGGCCUUGGGCAAAUGUACAUCCAAGCAAGAAACUGCCCAAGAGAAGCCUUGCUACCUCCACAAAAUGCCACAGGCUUCACCCAAAAGCAAAACAUAAUAGCCCUUCCAAGACAUGCCUCUUUUUGUACAGUAUGUCCCUCCAUAUUUCAAAUUAUAUAUGGUAAUUAAUGCGGUGCACAUGUUCCUGCUGCAAUUACAUGACUGGAAACAGGCUGUGGAACCUAGCAGAAACAUGAUUGUGGAGAGUGUUACAGAGAGUCUAAAAGGGCCCUGGUGUUGCCAAAGCGCAGCUGCACAUUAAAAUGAAUUUAAAGUGAUACAGCAAGAGGUUAACUUUUUUAAUUUUUAUUUUUAUUUAUUUUUUUUAAAGGAACACUACAGUGUCAGGAAUAUAAACAUGUCUUCUGACACUAUAGUGCCUGUGUGGCUGUUUAGGUCUUGAUGAUCUCAGCAAAGUUAACACCUUCCCAGAGGAAAGCAUUGGGAGGCUAUUGCGCAUGCGCAGAAAAACGCAGCACUGCGCCAAUCAGCAUGUCCUCAUAGAGAUUUAUUGAAUCAGUGCACCUCCAUGCAGAGUGUGGAGACAUGGAAAACCCGUUCUGCACACUGUGCAACACUGACACAGGAAGCACCGCUAGUGGCCGUCUAAGGAUCUGCCACUAGGCACAAAUGUAAACACUGUCUUUUCUCUGAAAAGGUAGCAUUUACAUUGUAAAGUGUGCAGGGACAGGGUAUAGACACCAGAACCACUACAUCCAGCUGUAGUGGGUCUGGUGACUAUAGUGUCCCUUUAAUGAACAGGUGGGGUUGUGGGAACAUAACCUUCUUGUUCUCUAUGACAGAUGUUAAUAGAGGCUUUAGAUGUGACUGAUACAGACUGGGAGAAAGAUCAGUUAUGUUUUCUUCUAACAAAAAAUUCAUUAUUAUUUUUAGCAUUAUCCUAGUUUCUGAUGUAAUAAGUCCCUCAUAAAUAUUUCUAUUUGUGGCAUUGUUUUAUAAAUAUUACCUUGGGAACUGAAAGUACAACAAUAAUACCACUUUUAUCAGAUUUCAGUUACACAACCUUGCCAAGACAAAUAAUAUUUAGGCCUAUAAACAUGUCAAUGCAGUACUGGGAUUAUAAUAAUUGCCCUUUGCAUUGCCUGAAAACCAAUGUUAAUUUAAAUAGCUUUUAUAUCUGUACGAAGAGUGUGGCUUUUUUUGCAACAGGUUUUGGUAAAAGUUUAUGAACUGGUUCUCCCACAACAUGCUGCUGAGGUAUAAGCAUUGGCAUUUAUAUAGCAACAACUUAUUCCGCAGUUCUGUACACUAUUAUAAAGGGGACUGGCAGUCAAUUGAGACCGGUGCAUGUAGUGGUGCUUCAGGAGGAAAAAUCCUGACACUAAGCAUUUCAUCUAGCAAAAACAAUCUAUUUUUAACAGAUAAGCUGCCCUAUCUAUCAGGUAAUUACCAGGUAAUAGCAACCUCAGAGCCUGAUGGGCAUUGGGCUGGAUUCAUAGAAUACUACCUGAUUUCAUCUUCUCCGCGGUCUGUGGACGCAUGUGUCCCUGUUUAUCCCCGUCUAGAAAAGUGAGUGAUAUCGCAGUACCCACUGGGGUGUUGACCAAGCCUCUACUGAAAGACUUUCAUGAUUCUGCAAGGCUACCAUACUGAGGCGUACUUUUUCAGGAUGGAUGCCGCUCAGAGGCCUAUUUUGCCACAUGACUCUGCGAUACUGCCUUUCCAUGUGGAUCCACUUACACUUACCCACUGACCAACUAUCCCAUUUAUAUGCAUGGGAUGUAAGCCCAACAUUUUUUCAAUUAAUCUUUUUAGUUUUAAAUAAUCUAUUUGUAACAUCUGAUUAAUACUCCACAUUUAAGCUUGGCUAUUAGCCAAACGUGUUUAUGAUCUGAUGUAUUAUACUUAACCAUCCUAUUGUUGAAAUGAGUAGUUAAACUACAUGACAUGACCUAGACACCAGAAUCACUUCAUUAAGCUAAAGUUGUUUUGGUGCUUAGAGUUCAACUUCAAUUGUCCUUACUCUUUCUACUGAAAAGACGUGGAAAGCAAUAUUUGGUAUUCCUUUCUAUUCCUUUAACAAACGAUCCCCAUUUUCUGUUUGCUACGUAGCAUGGUGACCAGUUCUCCAGAUCUCAGGGACCAGAGAAGUGAUACUGAAUCCACAGAGCAGAUGAGUCUGAAUAGUUACAAAAUUGACUCCAAGAAAAGUACUCCAUCCACUUCAAGGUGAGUCCACCUCUUUUUUUCAAUGAGAAUAUUCGUUGUAAAGCAAUCUCUUUCCCAUGAAAAGUUUUAUAUCAAUUACAUCAUGCCAAAUAGAGUGCUAAGAAUUUAAAAACUGAUCUAUUUAUUUUUUUGACCCUCAGAUUUAGAAAUUAUGAGCUGGUCAGUUUUCAGUUAGUGACUGAUUUUUUAGUUUUUUGGAAACUCAGCAAUUUACAGAAUGAUAUGUAAAUUGUGAAAUAUGAGGUUUAAAAACCUCAUCUGUGUUCCAAAAAUAACAGAUCAUGUGGUAUAUGUAUGUGCAUUAAAGUGUGUAUGUAAUAUUGAACUGCAUUCACAAUGUAUAAGGUGUUUAAAAGCCAAAUUGUUAAAAUAUUGCUUGCUUACAGGGACACACCAAGCACCAUAACCGAGGUAGUGGUUAUUGUGCCAGGAGUGUCCUGAAGCCAUCCCAGUGUAAUUUUAAAUUUUAGAAUGCUCUGAUAACUUAUGUAGGUACUGCCGUGUGCCCAUGGCAGUCUAGCUCUAGCUAAGCAGUUUAGCUAAUCUAGGCUUAGAUAAACAAGGCACACUCAUUGACUGAGUGACAUGAGUGUGGUCCUGAAAUAUCCGCUGAAUACAGUCACCGUUCUAAAACUGCUUUCUAAAUGACAUUUACCACUCCUGGUACUAGAACGACUACAACCAGCUGUAGUGAUUAUGGUGCAUGGGGGUGAUACUUUUAAAGGGUACAUAAUGCCUGAAUAUGAAUGUAAAAUGAAAAAUAGUACAAUUGUAGAAGGAUUCCCCUGCCAAGAAUGGACACAUGAGCUAGGGGCUACAUUUUAAUUUUUAGAUGGGGAUUUUUUUUGUUUUUUUUUAAACAAAUCAUAUGUAACCACGACAGUCGUACAUGGUUGGAGCGUAUAUCACUAAGCUUAUCAGAGGACAAAACACUAUAUUAUUGACAAAAAAAAUCUACUUUUAAUCCAGAGAAACACUCUGCCAAGUAUUUAAUCUGAAUUUUACUGGCCCCAGAGGUCAACACCGUAUUUGGAUUCCCCGUGGCUGUAGCUGUGUCAGGGGAGGCAGCCAAUCCUCUGCCCUGGCUGUGUACUAACCUGUCUCUGAACCCUGUCCCCUCAAAAAAAAAAUACAUUUGAAAAACCCACAAAAAAAAAAUAGUCUGUACAUUUGCUAACAAUUCUGACCGUGAUUAAAAUGUAAAAUUCUUCACAAUCUUAUUUACGUGCAUCAGUGCAGGCAUACAUUUAAUAUUGUACUCCAGAAACUUUUACAGGGCUAUGUUGUACAUACCACAAAUUCUACUUUUAUUGUAUCAACGUGUCGUGUCAGCUCCAUUCCCCUUAUUUAUUCUAUAUGCAUCAAUACCCAUGAGGAGAUUAUCAGCCACUGUGUUUUAGAUCGUUGUAAUUUGUUUCUAUUUAAUGUGUACAGGGGUGCAAACUUUUCAUGGCUCACUGGUACCCUACCCUACCCUUUGGUAACUUAUGCUCCGCCUGUGUCAUCUUCAAUAAAUAACAUUUUUCUUUAGGCAAGAAUAAGUGUCUAGAGGUGUGGAAUGUUAUUCCAAUCUGCAGCUGAGAUGCAUUCCUUGUGAUCCUUCAAUAUAAUUUAAUCGAACUGUAAAAUUUGUUUUCGCUCUACCUAUGUGUUUACAAUAAUAUAUAUAUUUACAUGUGACUUGUAUAGUUCUGAAUAGGUUAGUGAAUAAUGAAGCUUUAUAUUGCUGGGAUAAAAUACUACCCUUUCUCUGUGUGGCUUUACACAGAUUUUGACAAAUUCCACCAAUAUGCUUUCCCACCUCAUUUACAGAGCAAUUUCCUAUUUUUUGUUGGUUCAUUGAUUGUUUGUAAUAAUUUUUUUAGGAAAAAUUCACUGGAAAAGACGGGAACCCUACAGGAGCCAAAGAAAACUAGUGGGGCGAAUGUAGCUACCCUGACUGUUCCGGGGAGAUCCCGAGAUCGUCACCAGUCUGACUCUGAAGGAGUAGGUUUCUUUAUCAGUUUGUACAUUCUUGGACAUCAAAGAUCAUGUUAAAGUUUAUAUAUGUGAACAAAGAAUUUCAGGUUUUGUAGACAAUGUGGCUUACAUUUUAAUUCACAAAUAUGAAUACACUUGAUUAUUAUUUUUUUAAGUUUAUAUUUUUGGAAGAUUCAAUACAUUAGGGAGCACAAUGCCAUUUGACCUCUUUUUCUCUUUUGUCACUUUGGUGUGCUUUAUUUUUUUUGUUGUACAUCGGUGUAGCGUAUGUUGAAUUAUUAUAUAAAAAUUAUUUUAUGGUUGUUUAAAAUAAAAUAUUUUUUAGAAUAAACUCUAUAAUAUUUUUGUACUGUUUUGUGUAACCUUCUGUACAGAUUUCAUCUAUAGCCUUUUCUCAAGUUAGUUCAGACCUCUGUGACCUGCACAGUUAUUUGAAAAAGGUCUUGUGCUUUCAGAAUGGGUGAUGGACAAGUAGGAUGUAUCAUCUAGUUCUAUAUAGGCAGAAAUUUUGAAUGACCUAUAUACGUGUGUGUAUAUAUAAGCAAUAACCACAUUUGUCGAGUGUGAUUUCUAGCACAUUUUCCUUGGUAUCAUUUUUUUCUUGUUGUGUACUUAAUUGUUUCACAAAAUCUCUGUGUAUUUUAAGGAGAUCCGUCUAGGAAACCGGAGCGCUGGAUCUGCAGAUGAAAGUGAUGCAUUAUUUAAGAAGAAUCCUCGCAAAGUUUUAAAGCCUUCAGGUAUUGUGCAAAUACCCUUUCAUAGCAAACUAUCCUCUGUCCUCACUUGUAUAUAUAUAUUUUUUUUUAUUCAAAUAUUAUUUAUUUUUUCUAGAAUAAUUUAAAUAUCCCAAAAUUAUAGAUGUGUUAAAGUGCUGUUUUUUUUGUUUUUUUUUCAGAUUACAGUAAAUCCGUGAUAGAUUUGCGUCCCGGAGAGGCUCCACCUGCAGAAAGCACUUUGGUAGAUCGAAGCAAAUCUGUACCUGGGCUUAACGUGGAAACAGUAUGUGUUAUGUCAGUCCAUUGCAGCUAUUAAUCCUUAUGUCAUAAUAAAUUCAGUAGAUCUGAUGACCCCAUGCAUGUACUAGUUUAACCCCCUUAAAGGGACACUCAACACCAAAUACACUACAUCUCUAUGUAGUGGAUUUGUUGCUUAGAUGCUGUCCCUUUUUCUGAUAGUGUAAAACAUUAAUUUUUUUAUUUUUUCGAGAACACACCUCUAGCAUCUGUCAAAAAGACCGUCACUAGAUGCACUUCUCCUUAAGGCCUUCCAUUUUGAAAGGCUUCACAACCAGUGUAAUCACAGACAUCACAAUGACAUAGUCAUCUUUUAAAUACCAAUAUUGCUGCUACAUAGAACUGUAAAAUAUGUUUUAAACCUGAAGUUGAAGUGAUUGUUAUAGUAAAAGAUUGGUGUUAAUAUCAUGUAUGAGUUAAUACACUGUGCCUGAGUUGUGCCAGGUGUAACACAACUGUUGAACAUCUUUUGAAUUAUGACCAAUACUGAAGCAUGAGGUUCAAAAAGUGACAAACUUGUUUCUAGUACAAAAUACCUUGUCAGUUUUUAAAGUACUGAAGCUCAUCGGUCCGCUUCAUACAUGCACAUAGUCUGUAAUUAAAGGGACACUAUAGUCACCUGAACAACUACAGCUUAAUGCAGUGGUACUAGUGUAUAUAGCCUGUCCCUGCAGAUUUUUCAUUCUAAACCCUGCCUUUUCAGAGAAAAGGCCGUGUUUACAUUUGUGCCUAGUAACUCUUCUAGUAGCAGUCACUCACUAGAGAUGCUUCCUGUGUUAGUGCCGCACAGUGUGCAGCACUGGCGUUUAGCUUCUCCACACACUGCAUGGAAACACUGAACGUUCCCCAUAGAGACGUAUUGAUUCAAGGCAUCUCUAUAAGGGAUGUUGACUGGAGCAGCAUGAUGUUUUGACACGCAUAAGCAAUAGCCUCGCAAUGCUUUUCUAUGGGAAAACAUUGGUUAGCCUGAGAUCAUAAAAAUUGAUGAUCUCAGCUACAGAGACUAGUGCAGGAAAAAAUGUGAGUAAAAUCACUUUUUCAGAGCGAGCUCACGGGGGCCAGAAACCUAAACAGCCGCACAGGCACUAUAGUAUUAGGAAUUUCUUUAAUAUGACUGGAAUGGAAUAAUGCACUCACACUUUUAAGAGCUAGUGAGGGCUCCAAAACUUGGCAAAAUAAUGCACACCUGUGGAUAUGCGUGUGUGUUUGUAAUAGAUAGAUGUAAAGAUUGAUGGAUUAAAAAAAGCAAAGGUGAAACGUGUAAGCAAUGUAGAAGUAAUGAAGGAUGAUGAAGGUGUAGUUACAUAUGCAUUAUUCAUUCAUUGCUCCAAAAAGGGUGGUUUAUUUGUGUAAACAGGUUAGGAUUAAUUUGCCAUUGCAAAUUCUUUUAAAACACUGAGUAAUUUUGUAAGUGUGAGUGUGACUUCACUCCCUUAUAUAGAUCAAGAAACAAAUAUAUUGCUGCAUUACUAUGCGUUUCGGUUUUUAUGGUUUUUUUGUGUGACCUGCUAUUAAGAUUAUUACUAAUUCAUUACAUUUUACAUGUAUUGUUAAGAUGUCUUACUCUUGCACAGCUAUAAUUUUUUUUCUGGGGUGGAGCUUAUGUCAAUUCUAACUCUUCUCUUUAUACCUCAUUCAUUACCACUUGAGCUAAUUUUUUAGUUUUACUUUUUAAUUUUUUUUUAAAUCUUUUUCUAGAAUACAUAUAGAAUCUGUGUUUUUUUUUUUUUUGUCAGCAAAAAAAGUAAAUUGUUUCCCCAUUAUUAUUAAUAGAAACCGUUGAAGUGAUGUCUGGUUUCUUGCAGUGAACUUUAGCCUCUUAAAUUUACUACACGUCUUAAUUAUCGACUGUGAGCUAUACAUUUUAUUGUCUUUCAGUAUUUUCUUAAAUGUAAAGUUUGGUAAAAUGGUAUGAAUUAAUUCCCUUGCAGGAGAGGGAUUGUCAUUAUUUUACAGAGUUAUGACUAGUGUUUAUAUGUAGUGGAAAAUCAUUACAGUGCUCUAACUUUUUUUGUAAACUCUUAGCAAAACGUGACCGUUUACUAAUUCAUGAAAGACAAUAUUUUGCAAAGGUUUUUUUUUUUCUUUUUUUUAAUUGUUAUAUAAAAUCUGUAGCUACUAAUUUUUCAGUACUGUAAAUGAAUACCACCUUAAUCGCAUCUCUUCUAAUAUAACCAAAUGCUACACUGUUCAUUUGUGUAUUCUUAUGUGAAACAUAGAAUGUGACGGCAAAUAAGAACCAUUCGACCCAUCUAUCCUGCCCAAUUUUCUAAAUACUUUUGUUAGUCCCUGGUCUUAUCUUAUAUCUAGGAUAGCCUAUUGCCUGUCCCACGCAUGCUUCAACUCCUUCACUGUGUUAACCUCUACCACUUCAGCUGGAAGGCUAUUCCAUGCAUCCACUAUCCUCUCAGUAAAGUAAUACUUCCUGAUAUUAUUUUUAAACCUUUGUCCCUCUAAUUUAAGACUAUGUCCUCUUGUUGUGGUAGUUUUUCUUCUUUUAAAUAUAGUAUCCUCCUUUACUGUCUUGAUUCCCUUUAUAUAUUUAAAUGUUUCUAUCAUAUCCCCCCUGUCUCGUCUUUCCUCCAAGCUAUACAUGUUAAGAUCCUUUAACCUUUCCUGGUAAGUUUUAUCCCGCAAUCCAUGAACCAGUUUAGUAGCCCUUCUCUGAACCCUCUCUAAGGUAUCAAUAUCAUUCUGAAGAUACGGUCUCCAGUACUGCGUAUAAUACUCCAAGUGAGGUCUUACCAGUGAACGUGUGUGUAAUGUUUAUGCUUUAAUCUUGUGUUGUAAAAAAAACUAAAUCUUUCCGUCAAUAAAAAUUACACGUUAGAAGAAAAAACUAAUCUGUAGCUACUUAAAAUAAAUUGUUUAUUUAUAAACCAGACCACCAACCGUCACCACCAACCUAAUGGGAGUCUCUCUUGUUGUUGCUUUAAUUUAUAAGACUCUUGGAGCAGGAAAUAGGCUAAUUAAAGUAAUAUUGAAAUUGUUGAGAUUUUACUGGCUCAUCUUGUCCAUCUCACGUAGGAAGAAGAAGAUGAAGAUAUUGAUAACCUGGUGGAAAUUCAUCGCAUGACAACUUCUAGAAGCAGUUUACGCAGUGGGACGUCCACAGUAAGAAUGCCACAUUAAUUGUAUCCAAUUGUAAUAGCCUUGCUAGAGUUCUAAGGUGGUGUAUGGAGCAAAUGAAUGGAUUUGAAAAUUUUCAAUUAGCCUAUUGGAAGCCUCCGUUUCCACAUGCCACCGGAACCUCAUGUUGCAAAGUUCUUGAGGUCCUUAUGUCAUUGUAACUAAAGUACAUCGCACCAUGAAGCUAUUAACAUAAUUUUUUUAUGGACAUUCUAAUAAGAUUGCACAUGGUCAUAUUGCAAUUUGAGAGCCCAAAAUCGGAAAGGAGAAUAGAAAAAUAUUCUGUUGUGUGUUUUUUGGUUCCCCCCUGCCCCACCCUCCCCCCAUUUCAAUUCCUGCAAUUACUACUUUUACAGAGCACGUUGGGAAGCAUGAUGAGCAUUUAUAGUGAGGCUGGCGACUUUGGCAACGUGGUCAUAACCGGAGAGAUAAUGUUCUCCCUAAAAUAUGAUGCUAAAGUACAGAUCUUCACCAUUCAUGUGAAAGAAUGCCGGAACUUGGCCUACGGGGAUGAUAUAAAGAGGAGGUCCAAUCCGUAAGUGACAGUAAUUAAUCAGCUGUCCAGCUGUUGUUAGACAAAAUUUCCAAGAAUCCUCUGGCAAAAGGGUGGGCAUCCUUGUCAUAAAGUAUAUAAAGAAUUUUAUAUUUCUCUAAGAUUAGUGUGUGGGUGGAUCCUUUAUCCUUUACAUAUAUAUAUAUAUAUAUAUAUAUAUAUAUCCGUAUGUGUAUGUAUGUCUAUAGUUUGUGUGUGUGUGUGUGUAUGUAUGUAUGUGUGUGUGUGUGUAUAUAUAUAUAUAUAUAUAUAUAUAUAUAUAUAUAAUGUGUAUAUAUCCCUUUUGUCUUCAUAAGGGCAGUCUUAAAAUACAUUACCCCUUUGGUAUUCCUAUACAUUCAGCACAAUUUAUCUGUGAGAUCCACGAGUAUAAUACAAGUUUAGAGAUACUAAAUAUAUUUGUGAUCCUGGAGUGGACAGCCAAGGAUAUGUAGCCUUUUCACACGCAUUGCAUAGCAGAAUUGUAAAACAUGCCAAUAAUUCUCUGUAAGAUUCCCUUUCCCUUGAAGCAAAAAUAAUGUGGAUACUGAUGAUAAAUGACAGUCAUACAGUCACUUGUUCUUUUGGAUCUAUUCCAGAAAGACACUUAAUUCAUUAAGCUCAAAAAGUACAUGGGGAAAAAAAAAAAAAACAACGUGCAGUGUGUCACUCUUGUGUUAGUGGUAAAUUCAACCAGAUUGUCAAUUUUUAAAUGAAAAAUAUACUUGAAAUUAAUUUAUUUUGACUAAAUCAAAGACUGCAUUCAGACUUCAGUGAAUAACUGAAAUAUUUUCUAAAAUAUAUGCCCUUGUUCCUUGAUUCUUGCUGAGGCCGAAGAGCCAUAACAUAUGUUAAAACUAUAUUACUAUCAAGUUAGGGAGUACUAUGUUUCUGCUUUACGGCUUAUCUUCAGACAGUUGUUCAGGAAACAUCCCUGCAUAAAAGUGCUAUAUUAUACAUGAAGACCAAAAUGCACUUUAGGUAUGCAAGAUUGAGUUACAGGACUGCUGCAAUGUGUCUGGCUUAUUUUCACUCUUUUUUAGUUUCACGAAAAUAUGAAACAAUAACCUUGUUAUGUCUCCCUGUAGAUACGUCAAGUCUUAUCUUCUGCCUGACAAAUCUCGCCAAGGAAAACGCAAAACCACAAUUAAACGCAGCACAACAAAUCCUUUGUUUGAUGAAACGUUGCAGGUAAUCUGGGGGCUCAGACAUAUUUAUGCUUAUCCCAAUGUGGUACGACAAUGUGUGUUCUAAGGAAAUGUGAUGAUGCAUGACAUUAUGUAAUGUAUUUGCAUAAUAAACAUGUUUUGCCCUAACUAUGGAAGGUCAUACGUUUCAUGUUCUUCUUCCAUAGUACUCCGUACCUGAAUCUACUCUGCUUAUGAGAACCCUGCAGCUCUCAGUCUGGCACCAUGAUAGAUUUGGGAGAAACACAUUCCUUGGGGAGGUGAACCUUCCCAUGGACUGCUGGAACUUUGACGGUGUGACAGAUGAAUGUCUUCCUCUGCAUGGAAAGGUGAGGCUCUGAUUGGGCUAUGUGUUUAGAACUUAUACAUAUCUACCAAUACUGGACGUGACGACUGAGGGGCAGAGGGUGGAGCAAGCAGUGACACAACGAGGGACGAGCCUCCUCGGAAAAAGACAAUUUCACACAGCAACUCUUGCUAUCCGUUCUCAGGGCUACUUGUAAGCAGAGUGCUGUUGGUGUGCUUUUAAAGGGGCUGUAGGCCUUGAUCUCCGGUUCCGCACUGCAACCACAUCUAAUAAUGCUUUCUCUCUGCACUUAUUGGGGCACAUUUCUCUGGUGUGCCCAAAAGUGAGGCAUCAGGGAGCAAACCCAGUAUAGUUGGGCAGAACCCCCAAAUCAAGACUUUACCAUAGAAUCCAGGGCUCUUGUAAUGUAUGCCUAUCCUUCAACCUGUACUCCUGAAAAUAAACUCACACACUAUCCUCAAACUCUGAUAUUUACUGUAGUUUGUAAACUCACAAACUUCAAAUUAGUGGGGAAAUUCAAACCAAGAUGGAACUGUAACUUUUUCAAGCUUAAUGGAACCCUUCAACCACAGACAUCUUUCAGUUUCCAUAUGCCCAGUGAGAACACCUGAGAGUGGCGUCAAAGCAGCUUUUUAUUUAGUUGUUUUUUUUUUUUUUGGUUUUUUUUUAUUUAUCAACAGAAAAAAAAAAUCAUGUACAUUCACAUAAAUAUCCAGUCCAUUUAAUAUAAAGACAUGGACAUACAAACAAUACAGUGCCAACUCAUUGAAGUCUGUAGUUAUACAACCUCACGCAUUGUACAAACAAACCACAAACCCUACCAGACUUACGAGCAGACAAAAAUAGUUUGAAUGGUAUAUCUACAAAAAAAAAAAGUUACAUUAGAACUUCAUGGGUUGUUUUUUUUGUUUUUGGUUUUUGGGCUAUAUCACAAAAAAAUGACCGGGAAAAAAACGCAACACCCAAAAACAAAUCCAACCUGACUUAUCAAGGGCUCUGUGCAAACGGAGCUUGCAUAGUGAGAAAAGCUCUUUCCCACGCUAUGCAAUUUAAGUCAGAGUGCUCUGUCACACAGGUCUCGCUUAUUUCUAGAAUUGCGUGGGAAAAUUCCCAUGGCAAGUCUCGAGAUAAAUGAGACUUGUUUGUCAGAACACUUUAAUUUGAUCAGAGCAUUAUUAUUGGGGGAGUUGGCUAGGGGCUUAUGGACUAGGGGAACAUAACUUAUAUCUUUAAUUGUACACCCCGCCUGCCACCAAUGAAUGGGGGGGCAUAAGCCCCUUAUAUUAUUUUUUAUUAAUAAAGCCCUUACCUGCUGUGUUUAGCUGCCGUGUCACUUGUCUUUUAGUACAUUGAGCAGCCACUAGCAGAAAUGUUAAAUCUCCCUUGUACUAAUGUGGGAGUCAUACUGACCCCCAUAGGCUUUUAUUUCAUUUAUUUUUUAGUGACCAACAGGGUUAGCCAUUAAAAAGGCCUAUUUAUCAGCCUAAGCUACUAGUUGUAUGGCUGGUAUUAAAUCCAGCUGAAAUUAAAAAAAAAAAAAAACAUUAUCGUCCAAAACCAGACCAUUUCCACCUGAUAGAAUGGAUUUGAAGCCAACAUGUCUUUUUAGCAAUUCUUUUUCUCUCUUCAAUUUUAUUCUAUUCUGUUUUAUUAUCCCUGUCUCCUAAUAGUUCUGUCUUCCAUCUAGGGAAAUGCGGAUGCAAAUUUCUCUAACGACAAAGGGGAAUUGGUCGUCUCUUUGAAGUACAUUCCGCCUUCAAAAGUCUCAAGUGGAAGCGAGAGGAGAAAAAGUAGGUUAACAUGUAGAUACAGAGCAUUAAUUGAAAGGGACAAGUGGCUGUAGUGAACUGAAUAAAGGCACUGGCCAAAGGCAUAGAAAUCAAGGUAAUCUAGAGAAGAAGCGAGAUCCUGAUGAUGGGCGAGUUUAAGAAGUUGCCAGUGGUAAAUGUAAUGAAAUGUUAAAUUAUACUGUAGUUGACCUCAUAUUUUAAUAAAGAUUUUGUAGAUAAUACAUUUUGCAUUAAAAUGCCAAAAUUCAAAUAAACAAACAACAUUUUUUUUUCUUUCAAAUGGUAAACCCAGGAACUUCAGGGAUGCUGCAGACCACAGUAUACACAAUUAAAUGAUUAGAUUUCAGUCAAUCUGUGUUCUCCAAUACCAGUAUAUGGGAGUACUGUGCUGAGCAUCUAGGUCACUGGGGCAGGAUUAUAAUAUAAUUAAUAAAAAGGAAUACACUUAACAUUGGAAAGACAAGCAUGUAUUUAAAAAGUUAUUGUUCGCGUGCCUCCACCCACCACACAUGCUUCCAAAAGUUAAAUACAGUAUUUACUUACCUUUAUAUACCUUGCCAUGACUACCGCUCCACCCCUGGCUGACUUCAUCCGUGACAAGAAAGCAAUUGGGGGUUGGGGGGAUCUACUGUGCAGGAAUUGCAAUCUAAUCAUAGAGAUGCAUUAGUUUAAUGUAAUGCAUUGGUGAGCAGAUUGCAUUUUCAGAAAUGUGAAACAUCGGUGCUACAAAAUUUGAAGGACUGCAAUGGGAAGUCUGAGAGACAGCUGGUAGAGGUGUCCUUGGUAACUUUUUUUUUUUUUUUUUACUACAUUGCUGAGAUUGCAAGCACAAAGCGCAAGCAUUAAACUGUGGUGGUACUAGAAUUUACUAUCCAUUUACUUGUAGUGGAAAAUAACAUGUCAUCAAGAUAUGGGCAGAGAAUGGUCCCAUCCCCCAAUGCCACAGCCACAUGUGUCUGCCUCCAUUUUGUGUUUCCAGACAACAGAGGAAGCACAAAAUAGGCUGGCUGAAAUAAUUGCUGGGGGCAAUUUUCUUGUGCCCCAUUCAUCAUAUCAUUGUGAAGAAUGAAGGGAGACCCAAAUUGGUCAAAUACGUAGACACUGUGGGAUCUUAAUCGUUUUCUGCUUCGAGUAAAACCUUGGUACCUUCAGUUAUCGCUUAAAUGCAAUAAACUAAGCCUAAAAUAAACUUUGAUAAUACCAUCUAGACCUCAGGAUGUCACUCAAAUACUUGGCAGUUGUCUAGGUACCUAGAGUAAUUAUUUUCCGCACUCUUAGACCAUAUUUUCAGGGUGAUACAAAAUUGGACAAAUACUUUAACAAUAUGAACGACAAGUUUAUUCGUUAAAUUGAGAAAACCUAGCAUUCUGGCUAAAGAUGAUUUUUCAAAACUUUUAUUAAAAUGUUGAUUCAUUACUGCCAGGAGUAAUGAAUUUGCGGCAUCACACAUUUAUUGGGGGGGGGGGGGCUCAGAAUGGCUUAAGUGGAAACCACUGUUCUCGGGUUGCUUAAACCCAGGAUUUAGUUAAGGAUCCCUUAACAACUACUGGAAAUGGUUUUACUGAUUGUUGAAACUUUAUUAUGUUCUUAUCCUUUAAUUAGAGAAGUGUGUCUGGAGCACUAUUAGUUGGUUCUCAUUAUAAUUUCUUUUCUCACCAGCUAAAGGAAGCGAUGGUGGAGAACUUCACGUCUGGAUUAAGGAAGCCAAAAAUUUGACGGCUGUCAAACCAGGAGGAACAUCGGACAGCUUUGUCAAGGGGUAGGUUACCAUGGUUCUAUUGUAUAUUUCAGUUUAUGAAUGCAAAUGCAUUGUUGUACAGCUUAAAGGGACACUAUAGUCACUAAAACAACUUAAGCUUAAUUAAACCAUUUUGGUGUAUCGAUCAUGCCCCUGCAGUCUCACUGCUCAAUUCUCUGCCAUUUAGGAGUUAAAUCAGUUUGUUUAUGUACCAUAGUCACACCUCCCUGCAUGUGACUUGCACAGCCUUCCUAAAAACUUCCUGUAAAGAGUCAUCUAAUGUUUAUCCUUCCUUUAUUACAGGUUCUGUUUAAUUUAGAUUUUAUCAUCCCCUGCUAUGUUAAUAACUUGCUAGACCCUGCAAGAGCCUCCUGUGUGAAAUUAAAGUUACAUUUGUUCAAUUUACAGAGCAGGAGAUAAAAUUGUUUAACUUAAGUUACAUCUGAUUGAAAGUGAAACCAUUUUUUUUUGUUUUUAUGGAGGCUGUGUCACUCAGAUCCAGGGGAGGUAUGACCAGGGCUGCAUAAGCAGAAACAAAGUGAUUUAACUCAUAAAUGGCAGUGAAUUGAGCAGUGAAACAUCAGAAGCAUGACCUAUACACUAAAACUGCUUCAUUAAACUAAAGUUGUUUAGGUGACAAUAGUGUUCCUUUAACUCAAAACUAUGUCUACAUAUAAUGAAUUGAUGGUGCCUAUUUAACUUAAUUGCAUGGUUCCAUGAUGUUUUGUUUUUUUAAAGAAUAGUUCCAAAAGAAACUGUAAAUAACAGUAUUUACUUAUAUAGGGAUUUAAAUGAAUGAACCACCCUCUCUCUUUUUUGAUGCAGAUACCUGCUACCCCUUCGAAAUAAGAACACAAAAAGAAAGACCCCUAUUGUGAAGAAAACCCUUAAUCCUCAUUAUAAUCACACUAUUGUGUACAGUGGGAUCAAGCCAGAGGACCUACAAAACAUGUGUCUUGAGCUGAGCGUGUGGGACCGGGAGCCUCUAUCUAGCAACGAGUUCUUAGGGGGAGUGAGACUGAGCAAUGGCAGCGGUGAGUAAGGCUUCGUAACCAGUAGACUUGUGUACAAUUAAAAAAGUUUGCUUGGUCCAACAAUUUUUCCUGAAAAUAGAAAGUUUUUUGGGAUGCCUGCAUUUUGGCCAUAUGGGACUUUGCAGAAUUUUAUUACUGGAAAAUUGAUUUGGGAAUUGAAUCAGUGGAACCAAAAGUGUGUGAAUAAUUACAAAUAUGAGAUAUUAUAUAUAUAUAUAUAUAUAUAUAUAUAUAUAUAUAUAUAUAUAAUAUUUUAUUUUAUUUUUUUAUUUACGGCUUCUCUAUUUUUCCCUCCUCUAUUGGACACUAUUCACUUGAUCUGUUAAUAAAAAAAUCAACACUUAGUGACUUUCCUCUAUAAAUCGAUCAUCUAUUUUUUUUUUUCUUUUCCAAAAGAUUAACAAAGUGCAUGAACUAGACAGGUUUUUACCCCUUUUGCUUUUGGAUUUACAUAUAAAAUUUUUACUGUGAUACACACAUUUUCUGAAGAGGCACAUGUCCAGACACAAGUGUAUACUUUAAAACCCUUUGCCUAACUAAGCUUUGAAAACAACAAUAAAUAGGUGGUGAGUCUUGAAGCUGUUCUAGGAAAUUAUAACCAGAUUUUCUCAUGGGCUUAUUAUGUAAAGUGUAUUUCAUGCUUGGCUGGAGAGUUCUGUUAAUGGGCAGGUCCAGACAUUUAUACAAACAGUUUCUGAAAAGUAGAUCUGAUCUCCUGAAUUAAAGGGCUAUGGUCCAAACGAUUAUUGUAAAUCAUGUUUAACUAAAGGAUUUGUUCUUAUAUCAGCUUAAUUUUAAACCUAUAAUUUUAGCGAUGGGAAGGUGCAUUUGAUGGUUACACCCUAUAAUGCAGUAUGACUUCUUGUGACCAUAAAACCAAUUGUGGUUUCUUUACAGGCUUAUUCAAUGGGCAACCUGUUGAUUGGAUGGAUUCCACUGGAGAGGAGCUGAAUCUCUGGAAGACUAUGAGACAGUAUCCUGGUUCCUGGGCUGAGGGCACAUUGACACUUCGUCCUACUAUGGCCAGAGUGAACCAGUGAGCACCUGGGACAUACCCGUGACAUUGUGUUCAUCAAAUUUAUAACCAAGACAAACUUUUAAUAUUUUUCCAUUGAUCUACAUAUUUUAGAUCAGUGUACAUUAAUAAUACAAUUGGGAAGAAAAACAUAAAUAUAUAUUUUAUGUCGCUAAACAGAAGUGUACAUAUUUUGUUGUUUUUGUCUGUUUAUUUUUUUUUAAUGUGCGUUAUGUGCAAUAAGUCACUGGUUACUAUUACACUAGUUCUGUAUUGAAGGGACACUGUACUCACUAUAAUAAUUUAAUCUCUUUGAAUUGGUUAUGAUUCCUGGAAUCUCCUGCCACUGUCUCUCCAUACAAUGUUAAACCGUUUUAGAGCAGUUUAACACUAAAUAAGGGAUCAAGGCCACCCACAGUCCAGCCUCUUCUAGAGGUGUGGCCAAGGCAGAGAUUACACACUUCCCUGUAGUCAUACCCUUCAUACCAUUAGUUGGAGCUCUGAUAGGCUAAAAACAGACAGCUGACACUUUCAGCCAAUCAUAGCUGCCCAUUGCUGCUUCCUCAUUCUACUUCCUCAUUCACCGAAGCAGCACAGAGGGGAGGGGCUGCUGGGGACUCUAAUUUAGCCUUGAAACAUAAAAAUAUGAAAAACUGUUUAAUGCUGAAUGAAGUUAUGGAACUUGGGAACUCUGGAUACUAUAAUCAGCUUAAUGAAAUGAAGCAGAUACAGUGCCUACAGUGUCCCUUUAAGUUUAAUUCAUUGAGUGAUAGAAUCCAGAAGGCCAAAAAUAAUCAAGCUAUCACGCAAUGAGUUUAUCAUCUCCCCUUCACAAGUUAGACAAGAAUAUUUGUUUUGUGAAUUUUUAAUUUUCCCUCAUCAUGUCUGCUGCUAAUGAACACCUUGAAAAACAUUAAUUCUCUCGAUAUGGAUCUUCCAGUAGAAGAACAAAAUAUGACUACUUUAUUUAUAUAUAAACUUACAAACCGAAGCCUAUAUUUUUAAUUAAAUCCAGAUUUGCCAUACCUUGAUGCUUUUAACACCUAGUACAAACUAAGAACACAACAUUUCCAAUACAUUGAUAUGACCCAAUUUAUCAUCUAGACCUACGUUCUAUCAUUCGUCCGGUUCCUUUAAGUUCUUUGCUGUGUUGGUUAUCUCCAGCUCACACUGCGAUUACCUGAAUGGACCACAAAGACCUGAUCAGGUUAGGCAAGAUCUUGCAGUCCAGCUGAUGUGCACUGCAUCCUACUGAUUGUUUAAGCAUUAAUGGAACCAUAAUCUACAGUAGUUGGCGUCCCAGCCUUUACCCCAUUUUCGAUGCUUCGUUAAACUAUUGAUAGCGAGUUAAUGGCAGGUUUCUUAUUUAAUGACAGUCCUGACAGGUAAUUUUAAACAUGUUAUCUAGUCGAGUGACCUGGAGAUGAUAACCUGUUUGGACAUCUAUCUGGCAUUAAAAAUUCCAUGUUUACUUAAAGGAACACUUUUUAGUGUUAGGAACACAAACCUCUAUUCCUAACAUUAUAGUGCUCAAGUAGCUGUUUAGGUUUCGCAUCCCCGCUGUGAAAAUAUAGGACACAUCUCUAUUGACUGCCACUAGAGGUGUUACUAGGCAGCAAUGUAAAUACUGCCUUUUGUCUGAAAAGGCAGCGUUUACAUUGAAAAGCUUGCAGGGACCAGUUAUAGACCAUAGAACCAGUACAUUACGCUGUAGUGGUUCUGGUGACUAUACUGUCCUUUAAUUGUUGGGACUAUCUUGUAUUGCCGCGUCCCAACCCCAUAUGUAGGUUCCACAUACAAGUCUAUCCUUCUAAUUUGAUGAUAUCUUUAAUGAUCCACCUGCUUAGCUUUUUUUUUUAAUAUGUCAUUUAAAUUGGGUUUCAUGCAGAUCAAACCUUGCUCAAUGUGACAGAUGUGAUUUAAAUAACACUUGAGAACGCCCAACCAUUUAUCUUCCAUACUUCCUCUAUACAAUGUUUGUGCAUGAUCAUUUAACUGAUGUCUUAAGAUUAUGUAUCUGUCUAUGGUAAGGCAGACUAGUUUUUGAUUAUUCAGCUUUCAGUGAACUCUCUUUCCAAAAUUGUCAAGGCUCAUGGCUGGUUAAGAAUAAUGGUAUUGGUUGAACAAAAAUAGUUUUUAAGUGCUUUGGUAAACAAAGUCCGGCUUUAAUAAACAAUAUGGAGGAAUCCAUAACUGUGUGAUGUUCUAGAUUAAAUGAAAAAUAAACACAUGUUUUUUUUAA